AUGCGAUCCGGUGGACGCCCAGUGGGCCGCAAUAACCGCACAGCGGAGAUUCCCAAUGAUACCUGUCCGUUAACGUCCGGAUUGGAUAGCCAUAAAGAAGAAAAAAAAACGAUUACGGACCACCGAAAUGGAAAAACAGUAUUGCCAAGGCCACAAGGCACGCUCGUAAAUAUUCCGCAACCAAUAUUAUUAUAAUUAUUAUAGUUUAUCGACCGAUAGGUUAUGUCUUGGAUUAGGAUCACUUGCAAUGUAUAGGUACUGCGAAUAUGAUUCAGGUAGGGUGUGGCGCUGUGUCUACGAGGAAAUAAUGUGCAAUGUGUGUAUAUCGUUAGCCACACUGGCCCAUCGAUUAUUUUUAAAUAUGCAAAAACAAUAAAUUAGGUAGCUACCUAUUCGAAACACAAUUUUUCCUUAGCAUUACAAAUUGAUAUAAAUGGCAUGCAAUUUAAUCAUCGGAGAGAAAAUUAGAAAAAAAUAACUGUUGUGGGUGGGAAGUUUGGAAGGCAUACAGUAAAAAUUAAUUUAGUUUAUGUAUUAAAAGCAACGAUAAAUCAUUGUAAUAAAAAAAACAUUCUGAGAGGAGCUCGAUGAAUUGCCAAGGUAGCCCAAAAAUCAGUAAAAAUAAUUCUCUCUCUCUCUCUCUCUCUCUCAGCUUAUUUUACUCUCGUCGGAAUAACACUUUUUUGAGCCGUAAAAAUAAUUGAAAAGUUUUUUCCGGCAACUUUACGGAUAAGUUUUAAAAUAUACACACCCCUGUAGCCUUCGAAAAACAACGACGUUGAUGUCAUACAUGUUUUUAACUAAAUCAAUUAGUUGUUUUAAAACUAUACCCGAAGUAUGCAGUACUGCGGAACUCUACUUAAAUUCGAUUUACGAAUGAUUUAUCGGUUUUUUAAUAAUAAAACAAAAAAAAAACCUAUUGCAUUUGGUCAAAUCCAAUAUUUAAUUUCUUAACUAUCGAAAUGCGAUUGAUUCGCAUGGUAAUAUUAUGUUAUUAGACGUACUUAUCAAAUAGUUUUACAAAGCAUUUAUGUCAUUCAAUAAACAUUCCGCACUUCCCAUCUACAGCAGUGGCAUACAGUGAACUAUGUCUGGUUCCUUUGUUUAUAAUUAUUUCUGUCACGUAUGCAAUUAUAAUUAUCACCGACUCGUAAAAUAUAAAUAAAAUAUGAGAAUUAAUUAAAUACCAAAUAUUAAUCACUUGCUAAUUUUAGAUUCCGAGCGUAGCCAGGGAGCUAUUGGUUUUACGAUGCUGUUUAUUUCUUUUUUUACCCUUGUUCUUUGUUUUUACUCUAGAAGAGGCCAUUUUUUUAAUUUUUUACGCUAUUUUUUAAAUAAAAGCACUUAAGUGGGCAAAAACCAUGGGAAAACGUAAAAUUUUACGAUUUCGUUAUUUUAUAAAAACACGGACGACGUUUUCUACCAGAAAAAAUGAUUGAAUCGAAAAAUCACAAGAUACAUUUUUUUUUUGUCUUUUUGAUUUACUUUCUUAUGAUACCGUCGCCUAAAACUUUUGAGCCACUUUUAAGCUUUUAAAAACUUUUAAUUUUUGGAAGUUUUUUGCUGUAAUUCGGUUAUAAAUACACGUAGAGUCUUGAAACUCAUAAUACUCAUAUUGGACUUUCCUAAACGUGGUAAAAUUUCCAAAAUCAUCAGUCGACUUUUUUUUUUUUUUUUUUUAAUGAGAGUUUUGAAAUCAAAUUUAAACGAAAAUCGCAAAAAAAAAUUAUGGCACUUCAAAUUAUGUAUUACCGUACUGCGCUCGAAAUCAUCUUUCACCAAGCAAUGGUUUAUCGUUGGUUACAAAUAUAAAUGAAAUGACCUUAUGCAUCUUACCUUCCCAACUUCUCACUUACAACAGUGAUCGUUCCCAUCCCCGGUAUCAGCUCUUAUUUUAAAAAAUUAUAUAUAUAUAUAUAUAUAUAUAUAUAUUUAACUUAAACGUAACCUUAAUUAGCAUCCAUUUACGGUAGUAAAAAGUCAUUUACCGUAUUGAUUACUCUGAAUAUGAACACCUAUGAUCAAUUUUUUUCUGAAAAUAUCUCGGGAUGAAAUCUGAAGAGUUCACGUUUUUUAAAAAUGUCAUCAUCGUUGAAUAGUGUAAAACAAAACAAAAUCCAUCUAAUAUUCCAAACUACGAUCUUUAGUCAAUCAAACGAAUCAUUCAAUAUACAUUUUAUGGCAUUUAAAACGCAUUUCAUAAAUUUAAAACCAUUGCGUAUUCAAUAUAAUAAAUAGGUAAUGAUGUGUAUCCGAUGGAAAUAAUUUUUGACUAUUUUUACACGGUUUAUUUGCAUUUUAUUAUAUUAUGGUUAAAACGGACCGUCGAAACGUGAAACCGAUCACACGGAAAACUUCUAAUUACUUGUAUAUUUAGUAUUUUACGUAAAUUGUGAAUUUUCCAUUGUACUUUGUCAACGCUGUAAAACACACAUCAAACGGAUUUCAAUUUUAAUAGCCGGAUACAUUUCACAUCGUGGUUAGGCCAUUUUAUAGAAUAAAAAUUAAUUCCGUGUACAUAUUGAAAACAACGAUUUAUUUGUUUCAACGAAAUUUUCGCAUUCGAAAAACGAUUCUAAGCAGAGCCCGGUAAACUGGUAUGGUUACAGUGUUAGUCGUGUGUUCGGUUCAUUCGCACGUCACCGACUCCCGUAUUGCCCACAUCCCAUUUCGCCGACUCCUAUUUUGCCGACAACAUUUUCUUUUGUCAAUACUUACUUGUGACGUACGUUGCUUAAAGUAUACGCACUCACGACUCCAUUCCACUAAAGGUCAUAAUAAAAUAACUUAUUUCCGUUGUCAUUCUUACGGGGGGACUACAUUAAUUUUCUUAAAUUGUCACUCUACAAAAAUUAAUUUAUGAAAGCGAUAAUAAAAAUAAUAUUGACCAUCUACAUGACCGUUGAUCACCUAUUGUAUAUUGUCAAUGGCUCGUGUAUGUCCGAUAAUACUAAAUGUAUAUAUUUACUUUAGCUCAUGCCGCGAUCGCGGCGCUGGAAUUUCUUUAGCAAUAAUGGUUUUGUUGCGACAAUAAUAUUCCAAUUCAAAAUGAUAAUACGACAGAUAUGUGUGACGGCGAAACGGGAAGAAUUUCAAUACCUUUAUAAAACUGGUUCAUCUGUCGGCGACGCGGGCAGCCACGGUUUGUUCGGUUUAAUAAUUACGUUCCGAAUAAUAAUGUACCCGCGGAAAAUCCGCACCGUUUCAGGUAAAUAGCGGGGAAAUUGUUUAGCACAUUUAUUAAUCGAGUAAUAAUGGUGUGAUGUAAAAAAAAACACGUACGCUUAUUUGUCGAACCAAUAUAAUCCGCAAUCGCAUAAAAAAAAAAAAAGUAUUAUGUCAUAAUACUCGUAGACCGACAUUUUAACUUUUUCUAAGACGAUCAUCAUCAGCGCACCCUAAUGUUAACGUCACUAGUCUCGAGACAAAGAUCAACACUAGUCACUCGGAACUAAUAAAUCCAGAUGCAUAUCACGGGAGAGUCAUUACUAUAUCGUUAGGAUCAUCGAAGGUUCAUAAUACUCGUAUACUGUCCCCGGCGCAUACCUACACACCGGCACAACGACCUUAGAAAUUAAAAACCUUAGAGAUGAAUAUAUUAUAAUGCUUACGACGAGACAACGAACCACAACGAAACGGUUGAAUGAUUAUCGCACUGGAGCGGAUUGACAUUGUUCAUUUUGUUCUUAUGUUUUUUGGUACGGUCCGAUGUAGGAAUAAUAAAUUAGUUUAUAGGUUAUCUUAAACACGUUCGAUAGGCAGGCAGAUUGAAUAAAUAUUAUUGCAGUACAUAAUUACAAUAUUAUAAUAAUUAUUUAUUAUAACCGUUAACGAAUACGAGUACCUACAUUUUUUAUCCAGUGUUUUUUUUUUUUUAUUAACAAUGAAUAAGUAUAGGUGUCGAACGACAGUUAUUAGUUAAGUCGAAGUUAUUCGGCUCCAACAAGCCGAGUUUUUAAAGUUUUAGGGAUUUUCGUUGGCUAUUUAUUAUUUUUACCAGUAAAUUUAUAUAGCCUUAUUACUGUUAAGGUGAUUGUCAGAAGGGACGAUUUUCUGGUUUUGUCUAACGUAUAUUAUCUUGCGCGUUAUAGGAAUUGAGAUCUAUAGUUAACCAAUAAGAAUCCAAAAUCAGAUUUGAAUUUUUCGUCAAGUCUACUCGAUAACGACUUAAUUACCAUAAUUGAAAUUUUUGUAAAAAAAUAUAUGUUAAACAUUUUAAAAUUCUACUUUGUAUUUUUUAUUAGUUUUUCAAUUUUUUAUGUUGGACAUAAACACGGCUAGAUUCCUAUACUGCGCAUGUGUAGAUUAAAUCAGAAAAUCAUUGCUUAUGUCAAACCUAAAUUGUAUAAAUAUCAAUCUUAUUAUCUCACGAAAUAUAGUAUUCCUAUAUUAUGAUUAUUAAAAGAAACAAUGUAAGACAAUUUUUUUUUUCUCAAUUAUUAAAAAAGCUACAAGGAAAAUCAACAAAUUACCCUUCCAAUGUAUCAACUAAACAAAAUUUUCUAUUAGAAAUUACUCCUAAAGUUGAUGAUCGGUGCCAGAUUUCUAAUAGAAAAGUUGUUAACAGAUAGAAAAAAUAUGCAACAUUAGUGUAACAUGAUUAGAAUUUUAUUUUAAUGCUUAUACCACUGCACUUUUAUUUUUCUAAAACUUAUUCGGUAAUCGAAUUAUGAUAAAUAUUAUAAAUACUAUUUGUGCAUUAUAUACUAUUAGUAACGGGAAACUACACCAGAUUUUGUAAUAUCUGUUUGUCUAUCGUGCAAAACUGCAAACGUUUGUUUUCAAAGUUCCAAGAGUACACCGGUUCUAAUCGACUAUAAACAAAACAUAUUUCACCGAAUUAAAUAAAACAAAACAUUAACAUUGUUUUACUAAAAGAUUUUUUAUGAUUCAGUUGUCAAAAUAGUAAAAAAAGGAACCAUUACGUUUUCGUCAUGUUUGUCCGUACGUCACAGGUUUAUAAUAAAUCUUCCCGUUGAAUUUGAUGGAACCAUACAGAAAUUUGUUUUAUGUAAACGGCCUUACAAUUGUAUAUCAAGCCAAUAAAAAAUUAGAACAUUUAUAUGUAUAGAAAUAUUUGUAUGAAACUGAGGGUAAAACAAAUAUUUUUAUUUCACAUCGUAUCAUAAGUAACGAUAUUUUUUCGAUUUCUAAUCAACUAUCUGAAAAUAAAAAUUCGAACUUUGUGAACACAUAGUAAAAAUGUUAUCACCAUAAAUUGAAUGAAAUGAUAUGUAUCUAGUAUCUACCGUUGGAUAUAUUUUUGUUACAUUGUCCCGGUUUUUAUUACUUAUACCUAACUAAUGGAAAAUACCAGCGCAGUGGGAUGCCCUUAAGUUUUUAUGUAUACUCGUUUAAAUAUACGAAAACAUUUGAAUUUAAAAAUAACAGAUUAAAUUAUAUAUAUAUGCUUAUCUAUGAUUAAAAUAAUCUGUAUAUAACACUAAAUUCAAGUUAAGGGUGUAUAAGUAUUACACAAAUUAUAUCUAACUCUUUUUUUCAUUUUUUUUUUUUUUUUUUUUUUUUUUUAAUAAGAAAAGGCUAUAUCUGCGAAAUAAAAAUAUAUAAUACAUAAUCAUAUAUACGCGCGAUAGUAGAAUAAAUGCGACAAUAAAAUAGGAUUUAAGUGUCGUAAAAUGGCGUGAAAACUAUAGUUUUUAUUAUGAAAAUGUUUCCUACCCGAGAAUAAUAAUAUUUUUCUUUAUUAUAAAGAUAUAUAUAUUUGUAUAUAAAUGGCUAUUUUUGUACGUAAGUAUGCCAUUAUUUCUGAAGUUGUAUCUGUGUAUUAUUCAAUUUAAUAUAACCAUAUAUAUAUAUAUAUAGAUAUGCAUAUAAAUAUAUUAUACCUACGUAGCAUAGACUCAACGGUGUAAUGAUAACGUACACUUAUGCGUUUAAGUUGUUCUUCUUUUUGUGGACAUUACAAAAAUGAUAUGAGAAAAUGCUAUCUGUGGAGUAUAACGUUAUAUUGUGUAACAUUUUCAGAUACCUAGGUAAUUAAUUGUCUACAUGCAUUUAUACAACGAAAAGUCACCGAAACGUUAUCUCUACACGAGCUGGUAGGAUGAUGUUGAUGAUCUAUAGAAGUACCAAAAAUAUAAAUUAGCCAACUGUUGAAUGUGGAAAAUUGGGAAAAUAUGAUAUAUUAUAUAUUACGGUCAUUUAGUUUAUAUUUUGCAGUUUACAACGGAAAACAGUUCUGAUCGGAGUUCGGUCGAACAUUUUUUGAUAAUUUGAAAUUGAUAAUUCUUUUGAACAUGAGGCAUGAGACGCUUAUCAUGACAUUACGGAUGAUAAUAUAUUUUAAAUAGAAAGAAAAUAGUGUAACCAUUAGUAGUUGAUGCAACAUUAUUAGGGAGUUAAAAAAUUGACUUUCGGAAAAGGUGCCAUGCUUAUACAUGGGAGUAAGUUUUCUAGGAUAAAAGUUGUCUACGGUGUAUUUAGUAUCAUUGUAAAAAUUUUAAAAAAGGAAUAAAGGUCGUCCGAUGAUUUUAGAAAUUUUAUCACGUCUAGGUAAUGCCAAUAUAAGUAUUAUUACCAAGUUUCAAGUUUCUACGUGUUUUUAUAACCAAAUUACAGAAAAAAAACUUCCAAAAAUUAAAAGUCCUUAAAAGCUCAAAAGUUGUAGGCGAUGAUACCGUAAAAAAGGUAAAUUAAAAAGCAACAAUAAAGGUAUUUUGUGAUUUUUCGAUUAAAUCAUUUUUUUUGGUAGAAAACGUCAUCCUUGUUUUUAUAAAAUAAUGAAAUCCCGAAAUGGUACGUUUUCCUACGUUUUUUCAAAAAAUGACCUCUUUAAAGUACCAUAUAGACCAAUUGAACUUUCAGAAAAGUCGAAAUCGUAAUCGUAAAAAUUAGAGUAAGUUUGCUAGAAAAAAAAGGUGUCCGCAGACUAGAAAAAAAAAAUAAAAUAAACAACUUAGAAAAACUAAUAGCUUCUUCGCUCGGAAUCUAAAAUCUUAAGAAAAUCAAAAAAUUAUUGGAUCACUUUAAUACAUUUUUUACAAACAGAAACAGCACAACAUAAUUUAAUCAAUACAUAUCUCACUUCGUACAGAUUCCGAUACUAAAAUUAAGUAAAAUAAGUGUCAUUUUUAAUAUUAUUAUAACUUGUCUAUAUAUUGGAUCAGAGUUGCAAAGUGUUUUAAACAAGUAUCUACGUUUGAAACGUUUUAAGUGUCCAAAAUUAUUUAUUAAAAUAAAAUAACUAAUAUGUUUCUGAAGAUAUUUAUAAACAAGUAGUUCUUAUUCAUUCUUGAAAUGAAAAAAAAAACCGUUCCUAAUUUUUUUAUCAAUCGUUAUUUUGCUCUUCAAUAAUAAUGAUAACAAUUGAUUUAUAUUGGCUUUCAUUAAACUAUGAUUUAAAAAAAAAUAAUAAUGUUUAAAACAAAAAAAAAAAAAUUUUUAUAAUAUAAACAUUUCUUACAAUUUUUUUUUUUUUUUUUUUUUUUUUGAAACCCUGGAGCCGACAAUUCGACUGUAAUUGCAUUAUAUUGCGCACAAAUAAUACAUUGUUUUGAAGCAGCUACGUAAACCGUCCAUCGGAAUUCAUUCUACAAUACAUUACUUAAAUUUACACAACCAACAAACUGGGAGAAUAGUAUUACCAUUAAGCGGUCGCAUUAUAUUAUCAGAACUGUAAGCAUUGUUUUGAAAUUCUCGUCAAAAAAUAUCUGGUGAAGGGUAUUAUUAUUAUUAUUAUUAUUAUUAUUACUAUGUGAAAUGACUCGAAACCUUUCCCUUAUUCCUUUGUUCACCGCAUCAGGCGGCUGGUUGAAAACUUGGUACCGCAUAAUACGACACGACGUAUAAACCGACUUUUUUUUCUAAUUAAAUAACAAACGCAUUAUAAAAAAAAAAAAAAAAAAAUCAUCUAAAUCUAAAAUCAAAAUUUUAUCCAAGGCGAAAUAACUAUUUACACACACAUAAUACUUUACAACAGGACAAAUCACACAGCUCAACAUUUAUUUCAUUCUAAACUACCUAUCUACAAUUUAAUAUACAUUUUUUUUUUAAAAAACAUAGUUAUUCUUAUGCUAUAUCAAAAAUAAUCUGAAAUAUUAUUACAUUUUUAAAUCUCAUGACACAAAAUAUAGAUUUUUUUUUUUUUUAUGUUUGCUUAAGGGUUAUUUUGAUUUAUUCGAAAAGUCCCGGAGUAUAGUCAUAUUUUUUCAUUCGAACUAUUUUUCCCCUGCGAGUUGUGAUUAUUUUAAACGUUUAAACGACCUACUAAAAGUAUGCGUAAAUAACGAACGAUGAAUUAUACGUCUCGGUAAUUAUUACACGACUGCAGGACAUACACCGCGCGGUUUGUUAUCUAUUUGAAUAAUUAUACCCGUACGGGUAGGCACGCCGACAGAACAAAAACAAAAAUACAGUUUUUUUCAGGUACUCGAAACAAUUCGAGCGAUCUACAAUAUGCAAUCGACUGGCAGUAGCUGAUAUACGCACCGCAACGCAUCCGCACGCACGCACGGUUAAAUCGUAAUAAUAUUAUAAUUUACUCCUCGUUAAACUAUACACCGUAUGUAUGCGUUUUUAAACACUUUAAUUACACAUUUCAAAGUGUACGUAUCUGUACGCUUACAGACGUGCUAUGGUAUACAUUUUCGCGUUGCACGCGUUAUGCAACUGAAUGGUAUCUAUGAACAUGUAAAUUGUUGUUCCAAUGGUCUUUUAUACCUGCGCAACAAUAAUAUUAUUAUGUCGUUACGCUGUUAUUAUCGAUUAUUUAAAACAUUCACAGUUAUGAAUAUCAUAAUUUCAGUAAAUCAUUAUCCGCCGGAGACUUGAACGACAGUACACGUUGCUAAUUAUCAAUGUAGUACUGUGCGAUUUAAAUUCAAUAAUAAUACUCUCGAGUGCAGUCGUGGUACCGUCAUCGAUACCGGUAUAGACGAGCGUACAGUUUUGCGUGCACGCAUACGAUUAACUAAUGCGUUACUUUCUUUGUGUUAGAGCGAUUGACAAUAAACUCGCGUUUGUUUUAUUGAAAAAAAAAAAAAAAUAAUAAUAAUAAUAAUAUUAUUAUUAAUUGAAAUUAAUUUAUAUCGCAUAGAAUAUUAAAUAAAAAUAAAAACGUAACGCGGAAGAACAAUUAUUGUUUGUACGCCGCGCGGGCCGGAUGGAAUUUAAACCUAACGUCACAUCGGCAUACUUAAAACUAUACGAAAAAUAGGAUUAAUUAAUAUAACCAAUCGAUUAGGUUUGGGUUAAUUGACACACGACCAUUUAACUAUCAAAAGUUAUCGUACAAGGCAACAUUGAUUUUUCAAAAUUUUAUUUCAAUAUACAUAUGUAUGCCUAAAAUUGUAUUGUAAGUAAUUUACGAACAAGUUAAUAUUAUUAUAUUGCAUGAUUUGUAUUAUUGUGUUUUUUUUUUUUUUUUUUAUAUUCGAACAAGAAAUGCUCACGUAUCAUUUGAUACUGUAAAUGUUUAUUUCAAAAAAAUCAUCAUGAAAAAAAAUGUUGAGAUUUUUUUCAAUUAAAUAAGAAAACAAAAUUAGAUACAACAGUUUUUCCAUUAUAAUAAUAAGUAAAAAAAAAAAAUCGCACGUAAUAUAUUGAAUUAAAUAUUUAUUUAAAAAAUAAUAAUAAAUAAUACAGUAUUAAUUAUGAAGAGAGUAAUGACAUUAUUACCUACAUACCUAAACGUAUAUUAUGUGUGAAUGAAAAUCCAAAUAACUUUUUUUGUUUCUAUAUGAAAAAAAAAAAAUCAAACCUCUAUAUUAGUUACGUGGGGUACCUUCUAUUAUUGCUUAUUGGUAUAACGCACCCGUAGGAAAUGAAAAAAAAAAAAACACACAAUGAAAUACUACGUUUUUAUCAUAAUAAUAUUGCAACAUGUCUCGUCUUUCCACCUGUUUAAGACAAACAGGUAAAUGCUAUAAUUCCGGUGAUUAAAAUUAUUAUUGCGGUGCAACUCUAUGGACUGUUUCAUCAGAUAAUACAAUUUCGAGAAUAAAAUAUGCACUUUACGGUAAAUCCUUUACCUCUCCCCUACGGUUUUUAAUUUUUCUUUGAAGCUUUUUCUGAAUUUUUCUAAAUUAUUACCCAUGUUGGAGAAUCAGUUAUGAGAAACAAUGUUUUUAAAGUGUUCGGAAAAAUUAUUACACUUUUUCUCGAUAAAAAUAUACCAAUAAACUGGAAAUCGGCUGAUUUACGAAAGUAAAAAUCCACUGAAACGUGGAAGCACGGAUCAUUUAUUUUAGAAAAACUUUUAUAAUUUUAUUUAGGUUUUAAUAAUUUUAUUUAACACUAUUUAAUGGUUAAAACCGCGAGUGCGGUACACACAUUUUGUUAUAGAUCGUCAUUUACGUUUGAAAAAAAAAAAAAACUAUAUAUUUCGGAGAAAAAAAAAUGGAAUAGGUGUUGUGAAUUUGAAGAAUCUCAUUAGGCAUCUACGACCCAUCCACGAAAUUAUAGAAUUUCGAACAUUCGAAGUUUUCGAUGCAUUUGUUUUUUUUUGUCACAACAAUGAAACGCGAGUGUUGCACCGCAACAUCGACUUUAGUCACCGGCGAUUACCGGUUCGUCCCGUUCCGACAGUCGGGUUGGCAGCACUGCGGCUGCGCGGCUAUGCGAACGAUCUCACCACUCCUCCGGUCGGACAACAGGUAGGGCCGCGACAAACAGGUAGGUGAGCGGCUAUCAAACGUGAUACUGCCACGCUACAACAGACCCAAAACAAUAACACUGCCCAGUCAGGCGAUUCUUGCAGCCAAUAGGUACGCGAGCGCGUUCGUGUAGUGUCGUUUUUUUUUUUUUUUUCCUGUGAUUUUCUUGGUUUUGUUUUUUUCCCCUCGUUUGUUUUCGACAUUUUCCAUUUAUAUUCGAUUUUUUCAGUUCGGUGUUUACGCCCAGGACGACCUGCCUGUAGGUGUUCGUACGUUUCAUUAUAAUUUGUGUAAAUACCAGUAAUACUAGCAGUGAGAGUGCGAUGAAAACCGUACGCGAGUCGUCGACUUCUUCAGCGGCCGGUGACACACACGACAGGUAAACGUUCCCAACAUAAUAAGAAUAUAAAGAGAUUUUAUUGUACCGAACAAAAGUACAGGGGUAUCGGUUAUAUUUUUUUUUUUUUUCGGUUUUUUUAUUUCCGCCAAUAAGUAAGUUGCAUGCGUUAAAGAUAUUUAUUUACGGGCAUACGGACACUCUAAAUAGGUCCGAUGUAUUUUUUUUUUCAUCGUGCGUCAUUGAACACAACACAACAUCGAUAAUAAUACGAAUUUCGAGUUAUGGACAACAGUCGACUGCAAACAUAUCAAUCUCGAUAGUUAGGUACACGCCGAUUUAAGAUUUUUUUUUUUUAAACAUACUUUUUAAACUCCGUCCCAGAGACACUCGGAUUCAGAUUUACAUAUUCAAUGUGAAAAGAUUUUAAUGCGCGCUCACGAUUGUUAUGUUAGCAUCGCCGUGUGCAUUUUGUCAUUGUAUAUUAUAUAAAUUAGCAUAUUUUUUUUUUUUUUUUAGAUUUUAACUCGACAAUACUCUUUUUUGUCGUUUUAAUACUUAAUAAUUAAUGUAUCGAAGUGAUCGCUGCAAUACGCAUGUAAAAACAAUAAUCGCAUAAUCAUUAGUUAUAGGUGGGUACGGUAUAUUGAGUACGUUUUUUCUCGAUUAUUACUAAUUUUUUAUGAGUAGAAACACUGAUUGAUAUUAUAAUAUCGAUUUAACUGUAGUACCUACCUAGUAUAUUACCUAUAUCUAAACAUUUUCUACGUAUAUUGUUUUAUGAGGCGCGUGUAAAACAUAAAAAUCAAUAGGUCACGUGUAAUAUUAAUAAUAGUAAUAAGGAAUAUUUGUUCGGGAAAUUAUUAUCGCCAGUAUAAAAACAAUAACAAUUACAAACAUUCUUAAUUUCUUAUAUGAUGGAAUUACUUGUCUAUAAACGAGAGAUUUUUCAUACUGUCGUGUUUCGCCGAGUACACAUUUAUUCGGUGGCGUAAUCAGAGAAGGGUUUCAUGUGGGUUUAAACACUCCUCAAAUUCGACGAAUAUGCAGGGGGGGAGGUUAAAGCACUAAGUAAUAAUAUAUGUGGCAUAUUAUUAUCAAGACGCCCCCUCUACAAAAAAAAAAAAAAAAAGAAAUGCGACACUGCCUACAUCUGUCUAUAUGUGUAGAUAAAUCCGUAUGCGUCCAGACUAAAGACACCUAAUAAAACGUCAUCGCGUGUGACGAUGAGUAGUAAUUAAAUGCGGAACUCAUAAUCGUAUUAGCUAUUAUAAUUAUAUGGAUGGCGUGGGAAACAAAUAUUAAUAGUUGGGACAAAGAAUAAAUAAAGCUCCACGGAAUAGGUUUAUACGUUUCAGUGGAAUUUAAUAAAAAAACUUGAGUGUAGGCUACUAUUAUAAUAAUAAUAAUAUGUAUCAAUGUUAAUAUUGUACAAUUUGAUUUUGUCGUAUAUGAAAAUAUAGAGUUCCUUAACCUAAUUUUUUGAAUCCAUAGAAGAAAAAAAUAGAACAUACGAUUCUGUCUGAUGUAUUUUUUACUAUUUCAUUAGGUUACCUGUUUUUUAAUAGGUCGUGUAGGAAUUAACCUGUACUUACUCUCUUGGUCCAACUAAGGGGCAACGUAGCAAAAUUUCGUAAUUUUAUAGCAUAGAAUUCAAAUUAUAACGCGUUUUGAUUGAAAUAUGGCAGUUUAAACACAAGAGACAAAACUUAAAGAGAAUAAUACAUUCAAGAGUACCAUCGCCGUUACCUUUAUUCUAAAAUAUUUUCAAAUAGAAAGUCACAGCCAUGUUACGAGUUUAGCUUUUUUUUAUAUACAUACGCGGAUAGCUGUAGCUUUCUGUUAGGCAAUAAUUUAGAAAAAAAAAACUUACGUGGUGCUCUUGAAAAUAUUCUCAUUCCUCUUUACAAUUCGUUACCCGUGUUUCAACUUUAAUUUAAACCUGAGCGCCACAAUUUGAAUUGUGUGUCAUGCAAUUUCGCAAUGUUGUCAUUGAGUUGGACCGAGACGUGAAAUAAAUGCACGGGUGAUGGCGUCUCCGUGAGACCAGAAACUGCAUAUAGGUACCAAAUUUGAGUUCGAUCGGGUACUAAAAAAAAUUAAUUAACCAAUUUUAAAUGCCUUCGUAGUUGUCCAUACAAGUGUAAUGUGGAAAUACUCGUAUCAUAUCGAGUAUACCGGACAUGCCGAGUUUUCAAAAUCAUCGGAAUAAUAGAAGGCAUUGGUAACACGGCGUGCACUCGAAAUUUAUCCAAACGAGUUAUUUAUCUCGUACGGUUAUAUUAUUUAUAUUAAAUAUUGGAACGCGAAAGUGCAAUAAAUUCAGUGUCUUACUAACGAAACUCGAACACACAAACGCACAAAAAUUGGAACAAUACGAUAAUUCCAGCGAACGUCCAAGUUGGUAGGUAUCCAAAAUUAAAUUUUUCUGACCCAGAAAAAAAAAAACAAAUGGAAUUUGUAUUCCUUUUGUUCGAAAAUGUCGCACCGAAAUAAUAAUAUAUGUAUGUACAUUUGCAAUGUGCCAUAAAAAAAAAAAAACAUAUAAUGUCCAAAUAAAAUAACUAUCGAAACGCGUGUACGUGUAUAAUUUUAAAUUUUAAAUUAUAGACGGCAAUAAUAUAAUUCCGCAUUAACGUGAAUAAAGAACGUCACACACGCGUUUCUGUUGUUUCCGUCGUAUUAUGAACGCACGACGUAGCAAAUUUGCUUUCGGCAAAAUCAAUUUUGUCAUUCGUGCUGUUAGUUUUAAUAUCAGAGCGAAUUGACCUAUAAUAUCAAACUCGGGUAAUGUAAACAGGGAACAUUAGCCGCGAUUUCACAUGGUUUUUUUUUUUUUUUUUUCUCUCACGUUAUUUAAAUUCUCGAGCGAUGCGUAUGGUUAAGUGAAGAAUUAUCACUACGCGUGAAAUAUACUCCGCAUCUCGUUCAAAAAUUAAAAACCCACGUCGGACAUUCGGAGCGACAAUAACAGUGACGCGCGUCUUGUUAUCUUUUCAAUAAUAUAUUGUUGUCGGUCGGGGUCCGGCACGCGGUUUCGUCGGCGUUGAUUUCCGCUGACGCGCGGUUAUACCGAACGCUGCGAACGACCGACCGCCGCACUUCGCUGGGUUUCGGCGUACCGUCGGCGGUCCGUUCCGCGCGUGACCGUUAGCACGUCGCGCGGUUUUCAACGCGAAUGACGCAUUCGUACGGAGCGCCGGACGGACGGCCGGCACGCUAGCGGUCACCGCGUGCGACGUUUCUCGAACGACACCGAACGGCGGGUUUGAAACGAUAUUUCGCGCGUUCGCGACCCCGGGGCGAAGUCCGACUCUGCGUCGCGGCAACGUUGAUGAGUUUGUCGCGCGCGCGCGCGACAAACGUUUUUGUUCCUGCGGCGGCGGUUCGACAGUCGGCCGCGCGUCGUCGUUAACGGCAAUCAUUUCCGUGGGCCGGUCGGGUGCACGGCCACUGCACAUUAUCAUAUCGUUCCGGGCGGAGCCGUUCGGAAUGCGAUAACGAUAAUAAUAAUAAUAAUGACAAUUGUUCCUCGCGUAUUCAACGAUUAUUACAAAAAUUAUUUAUUACGCAUACGCGUAUUGUUCGCGAUUAAUAACUGUAAAGAACGUGGUAUUAUUAUGUCGACGCGUGGCGCAGCAUAUCGUUUUGUAUAUUUAAUGCGAUCGUUUUGAUUGUGUUACCGCGCGAUCUUGGCCGAUAUUCGAUUUUUUGAGCCAAGCGAGAAAUGCGUUGGUUUUACUACGAUGUGUGUGUGUGCAUUUUAUUUCCCCAUACGCGCAAACAAUUUUUCUACCGGAAACCUCGUUCCAAUAAAAAGAAAAAUCGUACAGGAACUAUUCUACUCGUAGACAAUUUUGGUUAUCUUGGCUACAACGGAAAAUUACGAAAAUAACAUCAAUAUACUCGACGUUUCGGACAAUAACUGGUUCGUGAUCAGUGUCUGCACAGUGUACGUCGCCGCAGUUAAGUAGUAAAGUAAAAAGCGUUACAUGUGAUACGUAUUUUCUAUAAAAAAAAAAAAAAAAACACCACAAUGAACUGCCGUUGGCGUGAUAUUUUGUUUAAUGAGGCGACUGCCGCUGCCGCCGCCACCGCCGCCGCGGUAUCAUGCACUCCGUAGUGACGUUAUCACGCUGGGUUCAAAUCGAAUCAAUUGCGUGUGCGCAGGCGGAGAAAAUGGCGAACACUGUGCGGACACGACGAUAAGUAUUGUCUGUGCGACGGUCGCGCGCGGUCCGCGCAAUGCGAACGCGGACCCGAGUACAAUGCGAUCGCGUGGAGUGACCGUAAUGUGCGAGCGAAAUAAUUAUUUGUUUCACGCGAACGGAAUUCGUGCCGAACGCGUGACAAAUCGCGACAAAAAACAAAAAAACAAAAAUAAUAAUACCAGCGCCACGCGUUUCGAUCGCGGAUACCGCCGUCGGAUCCGAUCGCGUUUUCGCGCCGUACCGUAAUACCGUAUUACCGAACCGGCAGAAGCGGCUGCGGAAUGCGGACUUUUCCGCGAGCGCAUCGCGUACCGCCGUCGUGUACGAUAAAGCGGACUCCGUAUGCGUUCCAUUUUCCGUAUGCGGUCGAUUUUCGAAUUUUCCGUCGGCGCUCCGUACGAACGUUUCAGCGUAAAACGUUAAACGACAACACCGGAUUUUUAAACGCCGCGGUACGUUUACGCGCGCCGAAACGAUCGUUUCGCCAGCGCGGUACACCGACGUUUCGGGACGAACGCAACACACCUGCAUACAGAGCGGAGCACCCACGAGGGCGAGCUCGUAGAAAUAUCCCCCGAAAUAAUAAACACGUUCGAAUUCCGUUUUUUCAACAAAACGUAUAUCCGUGGCACAUUCUGUACAUUUAUGUCAUACCGGUGUACCGCACUGUAAAUCCGACUUUGUUUGAAAACGAAAAUGGUACUUUAUCGUCUCUCGUUUAACAAUUUUUUUUUUUUAUAUAUAUAUGUUUAAUAUUUUAUUUUAUUUAUCGCAAUACAGGGCGAACCCAAUUGCAUUGUACAAACACGAUUGCGUCAUAACAAUAAUAAUAUUAAACGGUACUAAAAUGUUACGUCUUAUUGCGGAAUACAGGACGCGGGCAUUCGUGUCUUUUGUUACACAAUCCCGUCACGCUAUACGAAUCCUACGACCAUCCCGAUCAGCUGCUAAAUUCUUCAAAUCCUAUCCAACAACUUUUUCAUAUUACAUUAAUGGUAUUUUCCCGGUCGGGAUCCGUUCCGUUACCACCCGCGAGAAUAGAUUUUCGAUUCUUACCUACACAUCCGAGUCUUUCCUUUUCGCCUGAAAAAUACUUACCGAAUUAUUUUUUCCCCGUGUAUAUUUAUUUUGAUUAUACGGUUCUCGUUUUUUUUUUAUUCGUGUACACUUCCCGCAGUAAUGUGUAGUUUUCUAUUAUACGGUGGCUAAAACACCUGCCCCUUGAGUACAUCCAGAAUUGAUUUUCGUCUAAUUUUUUACUCGUACAAAAUUAAUAUAAUUGAUUCAGAUCCGUACAGUAUUACUACUUCAGAUCGUAUCGAGGUAUAUUACAGUGCCGUACAGAGGGGAUAGGAGUUAUACCCCUCCCCCCUCCCAAUAAGUAAAACAUGUAUAAUGAUUUAUUUUGUGGAAUAUUGCAUUUAACAUAGGUAAUAAACAUUUAUGUCGAAAAAUAAACAACGGUAACGCCUUCUCCCUCCCAUAAAUGAACUCCGCGUACCACUGAGGUAGAAUAGUACGCAGAGCCGUUUUUUUCUCGUUUCUUUCGAUAGUGAUACAAAAAAAAACGACCAACGGACGUCUCGAAAGUCGAGGCCGCGUGGUUUUUCUCGGCGGCGAGACUCUAACCCCUUAUAAGCCCCGACUUAAUCACUUGGGGUCCCUUGGGGCGCACUGCGAUCACGCCGCGGUCGAACUGUAUCGGAAUCGGUCACAUUCCGGACGGUCGAUUCGGGUCGUCGCCGUACACUAACCCAACCCGGACCGCCGUCGCUUCACGUGACUCCAAUAAUUAUUACGAAUCGCCCGGGGGCACCUCCUCUCCCUACCAACACCCCCCCCCCUCACCACUCCCUCCAAUCGGGAUGCCACGCAGUUUUGUUACACCUGCAGCAUAGUAGCUUCAGGUACGCACACCGUCGGGGGAUAACGCGCCUUUUGUGAAUAUCAUAUCAUAUUAUUAUUACUAUUACUAUUAUUAUUAUUAUUAUUAUUAUUAUUAUAAUAUACGUGUGCGAUUGUGCGCCGUACGGUAACACCGCGAAUACGGUCACCGCGAACGCGAACACAAUGGGGCGCGAACGCACGCGCACACGCGAUCCCGUAAUUCUCGCGUUCCGAAUGACAAUCGCCCGUUGUUAUCCACCUCCUCCUUGAGCCGUUUGUUGUUGUUGUUGUUGUUGUUGUUGUUGUUAUUAUCACACUGUUUAUUAUUAUUAUUAUCAUUGUCUCGUGUCGGUUCCCCUUCCGGCGGCGGCGUGCUUCGGGGACGUCUGGUCGGCACGUCGUCGCGGCGUAUCGCCGAUAUCGAAUUCGCAUAGGACAACGACGAGGCGCGGCCGACCGGUGGGGCGGCCGCCGCAAGAGCGUAGGAUUUCUGCGUUUUCGAACCGACGGCACUUUGUGUAUUAACGGUGUACAGUGCGGCCCGCCGCGUGUUCGACGGAUUUUUCCGGUGCCAUUAAUAUUGCGCUCUUUUUUUUUUUCCCCCAUCGGGUUUGUCUUCGAGACGGGACGCCGAUUCGGAGACAAAUUCAAUUUUUAUUUUCAUCCCCAAAACACGCACACGCGCGCGCGCGCGAAAAAAAAAUAUUAUUCUGAAGAUUUUAAUGCAUCGUACAUUCAUAUCCGAUUAAUAGAAUCUUAAUUAUAGCCGUUUUAAUUUCUAGAAAAUAAGCGUAAAAAUAAUUAAUAUUCAAUAGAAAGUAAAGAUCGUGAUUCCUUAUCGCAUCGCCAAACGUGUUAUUUUAUUGAAUAUUAAUUGUUUGUACGGCUAUUUUCUAGAAAUUAAAACUGCUAUAACUGAGAAAUUAUUCAUCGGAUAUGAAUGUGUGAUAAAUUAAAAUUUGUCUAAUAUAUUUUUUUUUUUUUUUUGCGUAUUUAGGAGAUAAAAAUAAAAAAUUAAUUUUUCUCCAUAUCGUUGUCCUCCUCGAAGAAAAAUCGAACGAAAAAAAAUUGAAUAUUAACACGGUGAAACACACUGUAUAUAAUAUAAAACAUUAUGUAUUAUACUGACAUUUUGAAUAAUAUUUUUCGCAUAAGACAUGACUUAUUUUCAACGCACACAAUUCAAAAACAGCAAUAAAUGCGGCAUAAAAGUUUCACUUCACACAGAUCGAAUAUAUGCACUCGGAACGCAUUUAUAUAUUAUGCUGUCCUAGACUUUGGGUACAAAAAUAAAAGCAAAUUACGCAUCAUAAAAAAUUAUUGCCAAUAUAAUUGGUGUUUUGGUGUUACGCACGAAGAAUACCUAAAUAAAGGCUAAAACUUGUAUAUAUCAUACGACGAUGUUCUACCAAAAUGUCCGAAAAAUAAAAAUAUAAAAAAUGUAUUAUUUAUAUAGAUAAUUUAAAUUAUUAUAUCAUAAUAUUAUUGUACACGUAUUUGAACUAUGGUAUAUUUGAAUAUAUUCGACAUAGCAACAAUAAUUGUAAAAAAUCGAAAUAAUAAACAUAGUGUAGGUAUAUAGGUGAUAUACUUAUAAUAUAAUAGUUUACAAUAAAAACAAUUUGAUAACUACAUUGAACAAGACGGUCAUCACAGUUCGCGUUCAUUCGUUGUGUUUUUUUGUUAUUUACCUACACUGUAUGGUGUACAAGCCGGACGUAAAAUCAUUGUUAUUUUCUUCUAGACAUUCAAUGUAAAAUUAUAUUAUACGUUAUAUACAUAUUAAAUAUCUAUAAUUAUCUUACACGUAGGUACCUAUACACAUUUUUUUUUGUUUUUUUUUUUCAAACAUUUUUUUCUCCGAGACGUCUUUUCCUCCAGACAUUUUUACCUAAAUCCAUAAUACCAAUGUAAAAAUCAUUUAUUCUAAAAAUUAGAUUUAUCAAAAUAAUAUUUUGAAGUGACUAUUAUUUAAUAACAUUUUUAAAAGUUUCAUAAAUUAUGGAACUGCCAGUUACACGGAUCACAAAAAAAAAAAAAAAAUCCUAACCUAGCUUAGCCCUCGAAUACAAUGCUAUUGCAAUAGGUAAUUCAUUAUAUUCAAAGGAACGAUAGGUCUUUUUAAACAUGGGUACGCAGUUUUCAUUUUAUAAUGUUAUAGACGUCAACCUUUCAACAUCAAAAGUUGAGAGCAUGUGUCGGAAUACGAAAUUAUUUUAUUUCAAUAUUAUAUAGUCUCGAGUCACGGAAAAUAUUAUUAAUUAGCAGACGUUUUGUGUAACGCGUAUGUCAUAUAUGUAUAUGUAUCAGUAUGUACACGUAGACGAUUUUAAACUCGUUAAAAACAAUUCCGUAUAGGUUUAAAUAAUAAUUACUGUUUGUUUUGUACAAUGCGAAAUCGCACGUUGUAUACACUUUGCAAAGAACGGGGCGAAAAAUGAUCGGUAAUUAGUAUGUCAUAAAUGCCGCGUGCAGUGGACAAAAUCAUCGAAAUAUUAUUUUAAAUAAUCUUUUUGCCAUUUAAUUAUGGGGUAGUGAAACUUCGAUAAUGAAUUGUCGAAAUAAUUAUUAUAAUGACUCCCGCAAAACGCAAACACGGCGUACCUAUACUUAUAUUAUUUCAAUGUUGGUGCCGCCUAAUAUAAUACAUAAUUUUUAUCAAUUAUAAUUCGUAAACAAUAUUAAUUGUAGAUUAUAACACGUCGUAAAAAAAAAAAUAAAUAAAUAAAUGGUCGAAAAAUCCGGGUGUGUGUGACCCGUGUCAUACAUUACAAAAACGUUGAGAACUCGAACAUACAAAUAACAAAAAAAAAAAAAAAAAAAAAAAAAAAAUAAUAAACCAUUUUUAUAUUAUAAUCGUAUUUCAAUUAGUGCAAUUAGUGCAUAAUAUUAAGAACACAUAAUCAGUGUUGAUACUUGUCUAAAUACAUUUGUAUUUGUCAUUUAUCUUAUCUAUAGAUAAAUGUUACCAUUAGUCAUCGUAAUGGUCACCGUAACCUAACAUUACUAAGCUGGACAAAUUAAUAAUAUUGAACGAGUUCAAAAACGAUUUUUGAGAGUACUGGCAUUUAAGUCUAAUUGAACUGACGUCUCGCCCGAGCAACUAGCUAGCGAAUAUAAUACCGAGUCGCUUGAGAAUAGGAGAAAACCUCGUAAUGUGUCUUGGUUGUACAAACUACUAAACUCUCAAAUGUUUUGUCCGGAUUUACUUAGCCAAAUACCUCUGAAUGUUCCUCAAACAAAUAAUUGCGUGUCAAAAACAUUUGUGUACGUACUUAUCGUAAUAAUUAUAGUCAAUUCGCGCCGAUCAACAGAACGCUAAUUUCUGGGAACUCAAUUAACAACAUCGACUUUUUCCAUGACAAUUUAACUAAGUUAAAAUCAAUAUUUAAAUGUUAAAUACUGAGUAUAUAUUAAAUAUACAUAAAUAUAUAAAUCUAUAUUAAAUCCUGAUAUAUGUUAAAUGCUAAAUAGAUUUAAUAUUAAGACACGCUUACGGUAUUCUAUUAUAUUUUUGGUGUAUCUACGGAGAACAACUGUUCUGAGCCCCAAUUGUCGGGCGUAUGCUUAUUAUAAAUAAAUAAAUAAAUAUUUUUCUUAAAUACAAAUGUGUUUGAUAUCGUAUCCGUUGAUAUAUUCUAUGUGAAAUUCGAACGGAUUAUCGUAGUUGAAAAUAAGAGUAAUUUAUUGUCGUUAUUUUUUGAAAUUAACAUUUUAUUAUAACCAUUUAUAUACCACAAUACGCGACAGUUGGACACAGUACAGUAAAAAAAAAACAUAUUCCGGAUAUUUAUAAUUAUUUAUGUCGAAAAUCGACCGCUUUAAUUUGAUUUAAUUUUUUUCGAAGAUAAUUAUCGAAUUACUGAAUCCGGACAACCGUUUAUUUUCUCUGUGUAGUAGUUUCGUGUUUCUAUAAAAGUGUCGGUGUACCUAUCUAUGUGCGUGUGUGUGCGUGUGUAUACUUUCACAAAAUAAUCUCGUAUACGAUAUUAUAUUUUAUACGUUUAUAUCAAAUAUUUUAUUACCUGUGGGCUUUGAUUUACCGCGGAGAGGAUAACAUUAAUCAUUCGAUAAAACCGAUCGUGCGGCAUACACUUAAUAUACGCACACUGAAAUGACGAUAAUAUUAUAAUAUUUUCAUGUAUAUGUGUAGACGACUGUUUAAAUAUUACAUAUUUGUACAGGUUUCGAUAAUUAAUUUCGAAUAUUAUCUAUAUUAUAUUUUUUUGAAGUUUAAAGUAUUUCGGGUCAACGGUAUACCCAAUAAUGUUUUCAGUCGUUCGGUAUUGACGGCUUUCUCAUAAUACUAGGCCGCUAUAUGCAUACCUACCGAUAUCGCUGCAAUGUACACUUUUAAGGCAACAGAGAAAGAGAGGAACGAGAAACUCGAUAGAUGCACAAUGAUAUAGGAUACGAUUUUAAUUUUUUAAUUUUCGACGUAUCAAAAGUAUGUAUAUCUACGAUCCUGUAUUUGUAUCCAAAGAUACUCAACUCCUUUAGUUAAAAACCGACAAAAAGUAACAAGUAAAUACCAAAAACUCAGUUGAUAAAAUAGAUUCCAACAGUAAAAUAUUAUUUUUUUUGAUGACCACCACUAUUCGAGAACAUGUAGUUAAAUAAAACUCCCUCCCAAAACACCAGUAAAUCUAAUGAAAUUAGCAAAAAUACAAUAAUUAUCUAUCAAAUAUAAUUUUUUUACAUCGUUUUAGCGUGACGUUAUUUUCAAUAGCACUCUUCUAGAUUUCAUGUCGAACCAAAAAAAAUAAACAAAUAUCAAGUCCCGAAACCCUCGUGGUUAUUAUAUGAAUAAUAAUUAUUAGUUAUUAAACAUCAAAGUAUAUUUUAUUAUAACUGAUCGGCGUGUAAAACAUUUUCACAUUUUGAUUUAUUGAUAGGUACGUAUGCCACAACCAUCACGCCUUUUAUGAACAGAUCAAUAAUGAAUUGUUUUUAGUAUUAUGUAUGAAUUCGAAUUCCCUGUUCUAUGGUUCUACCAGAGGUAGAAUACUUUGUAUAUAUUCCCGUGUUAAAUAAAUGAGUGACCUUAAGCCUCUGAAACUCGAGAAAUGCGCCCUGAAAUAAUAUUAAAUGUUGGCCACAAUUGAUCAGUUCUGAUGUCAAUAUUGUCGGUACGGAGGUGUUCGUUACUCGGGUAAACAAACGUAUUCCAUCAGGUUGGUGAACAAUAACGUUUCCUCAGAAUCAUCUUUCAGAUCACAGGUAAACAAAAAUCAACCUGCUGAUCGAGCGUCUAUUCUGUAUUGUUCGUUGGUCGAACAGUCGUGUAGUCUGUAGCCGCGCACAUUCCAUGACCCACCCACCAAUUUUGGCUGUCAUAUUUGAAUAAAAACAAGUCUUCACCGUAGCUACCAAUCGCUACUAGUAUACGCGAUUCGGUACUCGGUAAUUAUUAUAAUCGCGCGUUUGUAUUUUCGAUUGCAAGACAUAUUUUACAUUUUUGGCAAAGUAUAAUAAUCGUGUGACUAUACUAUCACUCUCAGAUACUGGUAUUAUAUUAUUAUAAUAAUAGACGGGAAGUGUGGAAAUCGUACAAUAACGAUUAUUACGUACUUCCCACCCGUAACAAUGGAAAACAAAUGUAAACAAACAAUACGAUGAUAAUUAUUAAAAUGGCGUUUACAAAUAUUUUAUUUCUACAUCUCGAUAAAUGGUGACCUAUUAAAAUAAUAAUAGUAACACAUAGGUGAAUUUUGUAUUUAUAUUUAUGUUUUUUUUUUUUUUUCUACGUUUGCAAAAAGUAUUUCACACAAUUUAACUAUCGCGAACAAAAAUCAUAAACUAAUCAAAAUUAAUUUAUAACAAUAAACGAAUUUCAACUGUUUGUUUCAACUAUAACCAUACACAUACUGUACAUAUACAACUAUGCAACUAUGAUCAACUUUACAUAGCCCACUGUUUGCUAGAGGUAUAUGAAUAGUUGGUAUUCAUCGCAUACCAAUUGAUCCAUUUAAGUGGAUACACUCAUUAUAUCGGAAAGUGUUAAUUUUUUUAUUCCGAAAUCCGUUUUCUAGAACAUUUAAGAAACAAGCAGCUAUACGAUUUUAUAUUUACGUUAUUUUUUGUCACCCUUAUUUUCGGGAGUGAAACCGGUACCUACUUUUGAUCUUCAAAUGACAACCUAUAAUGAAAAUCACACAAUUAUAGUAUUAAUUAAAACAAAAUUAAGUGAUGCAUUAUUAACACGCCGCGCGCCGUACCGCCACACAAAUGAUACUCCAUUACUCUCCCGCAACCCAAACUUAAAAGUGGAAUAUCUCGUUAACGGAUCGACGGAAAUCAAAAAUGUCAUCACUAAAUUUUAUUUUAAUUAAUACUAUAAUUGUGUGAUUUUCAUUAUAGGUUGUCAUUUGAAAAUCAAAAAUAGGUAGUGGUUUUACCCCUCAGAAAAAGGGUGACAAACAAAAUCAUUAAUAUCAAAGUCUAGAACGGUUUGAAUUUUAAAUGUUCUAGAAAACAAAUUCUAGAAAAAGUAAAUACUUUCCGAGAUAAUGAGUGUGCCCGUUUAAAUGGACCGCCGGGUACAAAUUGGGCGAAUCGUUUUGAUUAGCCACUGAAAUAUUUGUUAAUCAAUUAACGGUUCAUGCCGUGGAAUAUGUGAUGAUGUAGACACGAUUUGUGAUCGAAUAGUACGUACGACUGCCGAGAUCCGGAUUUACUCAAGCGGCCGGGUAUUUAGUUGUUUUGUACAUUUGUCAUGUUUCGACAUAAUGCUGCGUCUAUAUUCCAUAACAUUCCUUUUAUUCUUAGAAAAUUCCGCAGUUUAAUAGGUAAAUAAUUAUUAUUAAAUUUCUGAAGGUGAACGAAAUAAUAACAUUGUAAUAAUGUUGUUAUUACCGACAGUGUAUACGAUUUUAUUUCUAGGUAAUACUAUAUUAUCCAACCAAGUACCCGUAUAUAUACUCGUAUAUAGGUACACGUAUAUUAUUAACAUAACAUGAGGAAUAAUUAGAAACGAAUUAUGGAACGAUAAAAACGAUAUUAUCCGACUAAAUUGUGUUUCGUAUUUGUAUCGUUGAAAACAAUUAACGUAAACUAUUAAAAUCUAAAAAUAUUGCCGACCCCGAAUAGUCGUUAAUAGUUCAUAGAUAAUUAAUUAAUAAAAUAUUGCAAACUCUUUUUGUACUAUUUUUUUGUUAAAUGAAUACAUGACCAACUAUUAUUAUGUUAUUUACAAGAUAGUUAAUUAGUAUAAAUGAAAAUGUUUUGAAAAAAAAAAAAAAAAAAAAUAAUAAUAAUAAAAAUGUUAAUGAGAACCAACCUUAUUUUUUCUCGAACCACGUUAACAUUGCUUCCCCCAGCUCGACCUACACUCCUAGAGCGUGGAGUCGUUAGCCGGGGAGCGAAUCAGCCCAAUCAGGCAGCUAUGCGAUGAGAACCAAAUCUAACCUAAUCUGCAGUUAAAAAACUUUUUUUUUUUUCUAGGUUUAUCAGACAAAGUCCGGAAAAAAGUAGUUUUUAUCAGUCUAAAAAAGUAUUCCGAAUUUUUGCGAAAUCGAACAAAAUUGGAAAAAACAAUUUUUCUCUUCGCAAACAUUUGUCCAACAUUAGAAUUUGGAAUAAUACAAUUUAUAUAUUCACGAGUGUCAUUCGUUGUAUAAUUAUUUUUUACUUUAAAUAAUGUAAUUGUAUAUGUGAAAUAUAUACAACAUAUAUUCCGUUUGCAUAAUAAUUAGUGACUAAUAAAAAAUAAAUAACAAGUGAAUUAUCCUACUGUUGUACAGUACAUAGUUGUCACACAACCGUCCGGGAAAAUAAUAUUUGCAGGGACGUAACGGGGUUACGAUUUGUAUUCUAAAAAUGAAUGAAGUAAAUUUAAUUACACAUUUCUGUUGAAAUACUCGUAAUAAUUUAACCAAACAAACUCAAACGAUAAUCUUAUUACGCUGUUGCUGAAUUUAAUUAUUAUUAUUUUGUAUACGAGUAUUGAAAAAUAAUAAUAUUGCAGUUUAAAGGUACCUACGUGCACUCAAGUCUUGUUACAUUUUUUUUAAUUGUUAAAAACGAGUAAUCGUAUUUACGUUGGAAUGUUAAAAUUAUUAAAUAUCUUUCUACAAAUAAGCUUAUAUUUGUGAACCGUGUGUUACUCCAAAAACUGUUAACCGGGAAUAAAAUAUAAAAAAAGGCCACACAUAAAAAAUACUCUGAAAAUUAUGAUACAAAAUAAUAAAUCUAAAUAAAGUUAGAAAUGAAAAAUUUUCUGUUGUUCGUUUGGUAAGUUAACGGGUGGUCUAAGUUAAUAAUACAAUUAAAAACGUGAUAAAUGCAAUUAAAUUAAUUCAAUUCGUAUGCUGUGUUUUAUAAUAUAUAAUAUCCCCUAUAUAAUACAAAAGAAAGGAAAGAAAAAUUGACUUUUAAUUUUCAGACCAAUUAAUUUGUGUUUACAAACAAUUGUAAAUCAAUAUUAUUUAUAAAAUAUACUUAAAAAAAAAAAAAAAUUAACUAAUAAAAGAGUUAAAUCAAAUUACUCUCGAACACAGGACUUUUCCGUUUUUAUAGAAUUAAUUAUUCAUAAUACAAAUAAUUACAAUAGAAUCACUGGUUUUUUUUUUUUUUUUACAAGUGUACCAGUAAAUUAAAUUAAAUUAUACACUCGAAUAAAUCUAAAUGUAAAUGAACAUUUUAAUAAAUAUUUGAAAACAAGUUCUAUAGAUUUUGAUAACAUUCGAUUAAUUAAUUCAACAAAUAAUAUAAUUUAUGUCCACAUCAAUUUAUUGAAAUAUAUUAUAAAUUAUCACCUGCGUACAGUAUUUUUAAUAAAAAAUGGGAAUAAAUAACAUGAAAAUAACGUCAAAUUACUUUUUUCCUCCCUUUUUUUUAACGAAAUAAUUAUUAGGUUAGGUAGGUAGGUGAUUACAUGAAAAACAAUUCCAAAUUACAAAGAUCAUAAUUUAAAUUUAAUCGUUUGCACAGUUUCUUGUCCCGUUGCUUGGUUUUUUUUUUUUUUGUUCGUACAUUUUUCAAAAUUACAGUUGGUAAGUACGUUGAAUUAGGAAAUUCGAAAAAUUACCUCUUUAAAGUACCACCAGUGUUCGAACGUAGUUACCUACCUAUUUGUAAUCGAAUUUCCGCAUAAAGGUUGAGACAAAAAAAAAAAAAAAAUCAAAAUAAUCGCUCCGUUGUUCGAAAUCCGAACAUGGCGUGUAUAUUUUACUGUCGACUUUUACAGAGCCGGAUUAAGAGGGGAGAAACAAAGACUACAACCCAGGGCCCCAAGAAAAAAGAAGCCUACAGAAUUAUUUCGAAGUCGUAAUUUGUCUACAUUUACUAUAAUAUAACACAGAUGAUUACAAUUUUAAAAAUAGCUCGUAUUGCUGAUGACUGUGUCGAUAUUAUUGGUGGAAAGCUGAGAAGUAUUAUCUGAAUACGUAGAGUUAUUAAAUUUAUAUUUACGUAAGCAACGGUAAAUCACGCUAACGGAAUUCUAUUCUGAGAGUAGUUCAAUUGAUCAUGUUUUAAAAUGUUCGGUAAAAUUUGAACUUAAUGCUUUUAAAAAAACUACUACAUAAAGUUGAAUUUUGUUUUUUGACCGCUUAGUACCAAUUGUAAAACAUUAACAUUGUGUUAAAUGUUCAAGCGUUCUACUCGUCUAAAUCAGUUUCAUUUACAUUAAAUUAAAUAAAAACUAAAAAUGACAAAAAUGCCAAGUGCCGAUAAAUCGCUCAAAAAUCGCCAGAAUGUUUUCAAACGUCUAGAAAAAGCUAACGUAAUAAAGUAGUAGGUACCAUAUUUAGGUAUCUUCGAUUAGUUUUAAACGAAACUACAGGUUUUUAAGUCAUAGCGUAGGAUGAGUUUAGAUCACAAUUUUAUUUUCUCAAACUAUAUGGCUGCGUAACCGAGUAACUAAUAUCUGUCCGCAUAAAAAUAGUUCGCAUUCAGUAAUAUACGUAUUAAAUACUCAGCGUUGAAAGUUUUAUUUAGCUUUCAAGUUGGCAGUCUCAAUUUGUAGGUAUUUUUCCACCUCGUUUAUAUAAUUGUUUACAUUUUCGGUGUUAGUUCGUUUUUUUUUAUUUAGAUUUAAAAUGUAUUAUUGAUUUUUUCAGUAUUUUUUAGUGCAUUAAUUAUACUGUCUUUUUAUUUGUUACUUUAAUUUGAUCGAAACUGUUUUAUUUCCUUAUAUAUUUUAUUACUCGUCAUGUCUCGUGUAUUGUAAUUGCAAAAAUGUCGAUUUCAUAGAAAAAUGAUAUUACAGAACUCGAAUAUUGGUCAUUGAAUAUAGGUAUUCUCAUCGACGUACGCUGAUCGAUUGUAAUACUGUACAAAUAGUUGACACACUGUCAUGAAUUUAUUGGAUACCCAUGUGUAUAAUAUCUUUGCGGGAUGGUAUGUGUCACGACUUCUGUGUCACGCAAACGUGUAGUAUAGUUGUAUGGCACAUAGACAUAAAUUAAAAGUAGACUCAAAAAUACAAUAACCGUUACAACGAUUUUAUUGUAUGUAAUACAAUAGGCGCGACAUCGUUAUGUAGAAAUAUAUUAUGUCUUUGUUUUAAUACCGAUUUAAUUCGUAUCUGUGAAUCUUUGUGUAAUUGCGUUUGACAGAACGUGUACAUUUCUUUUACCUACGUGACAUAAUUUAUAUCGCACAAGAAAAACGAAAGAACUACACAAUAUGAAAAUAUACGAUCUGUUUCAUUAUCUCAACGGUUUUUUUCGGCGUAUGUUUUUCAGCGUGACGUUUCGGUAGAUUUGUUAUAAUCACCCACUUAUUGUUAUAAUGUUUUUUUUUUUUUUUUUUACAAUAUUUCCGUGAAUAACUUGCAAAUUUGUUAUUUAAUUAUUAUUAUUUUUUUUUAGUAAAAUUAUAAUUUUUGUUGAGAAAGGUGUUGCGUAUUUUAAUGUCUGAAGCGAUUCAUAUUGUAAUUCAAAACAUAAUUUAUACUGUACUGUAAAUUAUUGUGCAGUUGUGUUAUGAAAAAAUAACAUCUGGUUAUUAAUAUUGUGUGGCUGAUCUUAUCGACGUUUCGUGUGAUGCCCCAUUUUGCGAUUACACAGUGUAUUAUUACACUAUAUACGAGUAGCGACUAAGUGAAUUAAUGGCGCUAGUGAUGGUAAUCAUCCGACAUUGUAGGGGUUGUAACGUAUAAAACCCAUAAUUAUAUAAAUUUCGUACGUAUAACGUUUGGUGCUAAUAAAAUCCGCAAUAAUCUUCACCUUAAUAUAUUAUGUACUUAACAUCAAUAAUUAAAAGACAUAGAGAAUGAAUAUUAAACAUGGUAUAUAAUACCUAUAUGUUCUUCAGUAUUGACUCGUUACAGAUAUACUUCGCACGAUGGGUAGGUCAUUGUCGUGGAUGAAAAGUCGGUAGAGUAGAGGGAAAUUCAACGAACAUCUGUACGCAGCGAUUAACCAUCAUUGCUAACGAAAAACAAUACGAUUCUGAGCAGCGUCCGGUUACACAUGUUUUGAAAGGUCGGCCGUAAUAUUUACGAUUUGUAAAAAAAAUUAAUUCCAUACAUUUUCCCGUUUUUCUCAGUUUUUCCUAUUGAAAAUCAAAAAGUUACCUCCAGUAUUACCCAGUCCGGUUUUCUUAGAAAAAGUGAUGUACAUUUAAUAAUCGGAGCAAAAUUUCUGGUAUAAAAGUUGUUCACAGAUAAAAAAAAAAAAAAUCUCAAACAUCAUUGUAAAACCGCUCCGCUUUGAAUCUAAAACUUGCGUACUUUUACACAUUAUAUACGUUUUAAUUUGCGUACGAUUUAUUGUUAUUCCCGAUUUUAGAAAAAUCACCAAACGACGAUUGAAUGCAUGACGAGUAGCCAAUAGGAAACGGUUUCCGCUCUCUGUUUAUAUAGACCGCCUUUAUGAAGGUGAAGGUCUCGUUGCGGUUUAUCAAACGUCCUGUAUACUCGUUCACGACGGAAUUCCGAACGUGUACGCGCCUCGAAAUAGUAUUACGGUGGUCGGCCGUCGUCGUACGGAUUCGAUUCUAUAAAAUAAAUUUUAUAAUAAUUAUAAUUUCUAUGCGCGAGGCAUGAUAAUAAUAAUGAAAAAUGUUAAUACUAUAUAAUCGCUGUACGCGUAUAUGCGGCGGAGUAACGGUUUUUCGUCGACGAUGUGUCCCAAAAGAGCCCGACGCGGACUACGCGCGGUCGACGACGACGGUUGGAAAUUCUUUUGAUAUUUUUUUUUUUUUAUACAUAUAUAUUUUACACUCAUCGUGAAAGGAAUGUCGCUAUUGACAAGUAUAUACACACGUAAAAAAUAAAAAAUAAAAAAACCGGUUUCGUGAGUGUGUGCGCUGCUCUCUCGUCGCCGUACAGGUACGCCGCCACGAGCCUACUAACCUUGUUUAUUAAAUGCGUUCGUGAGCGUUUUGUAGGUAUCCACGUCGUCGUUGCGGCCGCAGCCGCGGCCACCGCCGCCGCCGCAAGCCGGCAAUUAUUCCGAAAUCGAAAGGGAGAAAUUGUAUUUUUCUCGAGUGCAUUUGCGUUUUUUUUUUUUUUUUUUUUUUGAUUCAAUAUCGCACGAGUGAAAAUUGUUUGAUGGACCCGUGGAAGAAAGAUGAACGGACGGUAGAUUAUAGUUUUAUUUCUCUUUUCAAUUACCCACAAAACGUGUUCCGCUAUUAAAUUACACAAUUCGACGGUAUAUCACGGGUGUCUCACCGUGUAUGAAUCGUCUCAGUCAAUGUAAAGAUAUCUACAACGCGCUUUAAAUCUGAUUUUUAGAAAACUAUAUUGAUUUAUAAACGCGUGCGCUUUUAGAUUCUGAGUGUAGCAAAGAAUGUAUUGGUUUUACAAAGAUCUUUAUUUUUUUAUACUGCGUACAAAACUUCUACUAUAAAUCAUGUUCUGAAGUAUUGAGUACUUUUUCUGAAAUGGAAUUUUUCUGGGGUGGUACAUUAGGGGAAUACUUUUUAAACCGGAAAAAAACAGAGGCAAAACGGGAAAACGUACGAAUUGUAGGUACCUAUUAGUAAAAAAUAUGACGUCCUUUUUUUCUCUGUCAACAACUUUUUUACCAGCAAUUUUUCUUCGGUUUACAAUGAUAGCACUUUUUCUGAAAGGAAAUCUGAGGUAGUACUUUAGGAAGGUCGUUUUUUGAUUUUCCCAAUGAAUGGAGAACCAUGGUAAAAACCGGAAAAAAACAGGAAAACAGAUGUAAUAUAAUUAAACAAAUAUUAAAGAAAAUAUAUAAUGCAUACGUAAUUAUUUUACCUUAAUAUAACAUAUAUAUUAUUGACAAAGCGAUACUUAAACCGAAUUCCGCUCAGAAUCGUUUUUCGUGAGCAAUGGUUAAUCGUUUGCCGUACAUAAAUUCCCGUAUGUAUCCAAUAUUCUCAACUCCCCACCUACAACAGUGGCUGCACCCGUCCCAUUGUCCUAGUACAGCUUUCUUAACAUGGUCGGUACUCGUUUAUUCUUUAUCGCAGCAAACAAUGAUUAUAAUUAAAGUUCGAUUUUGACAUUGCGUACAGAUAUAUAUUCAAUUUCCCCUAUACCUUCCCGAUUUCUUACAUAUAACGGUGGCCUUCUCACGUGCGAAGUAUGUUCGUCUUUUUUUAUGUAUUCACACAAAAACGUAUAAUUUCUAAAACUCACAUUUCAACAAAAAUUCAAAAUAAAUUAUUUACUGUAACGGGACACCCAGUUAUAUGUUAAUAUUGUUUUAUACGCUUCCGUCAACGAUAAUUCUCUCGACAGUAAGAUUUACAUAAUUAAGGGGGGAAAAAACCAUUUAUGAGCAAAGAAAGAGGGAGCUUAUUAUUAUAUUUAGUUUUAAAGGUUAUUUUAUCAUUAUUUAUUCUUUUUUCGGACAUUUGAGUAUGAUAUUAUGUUGAAUUUAUACUAGUUGGGGAGAAGGGGGAUGUUUUGAUUAGAUAUAAUUUACAGAUUAUAAAUUAUCCGGUAUCCGUCAGUUAAUGAUAUUAAGGCGGUCGAAGGACAACGUUUUCCAAUUUUCCAACUCCAAAACUCAAGGAUAAAUUAAUGCAAAAUUACCUAUACAAAAAUUCGUUUGUAAAUUACUUACCAAUAAAUGAACUGGAUUAAAGGUUUACUGGGAUUUUUAAUUUUCUCUGCAAUGACGAUUAUCGUAUUGUGUGCGUUUUAAACAAUAAACCGCCACACCGUUUUGUGCUGAACGUUAUCUUGGAACUUUUAACUUUUAUCGACAUUUUAUUUUUGGACAAUUUACGAAAUGCUAUUAUGCAAUUUUUCACAUAUAUUUUGUGAUGUUUAUACUUUUUUUUUUUUUUUGCGAGACAUAAAACAUUAUACGUUUGUGAUAUACGAUUAUUUUAUUCGUGUUUAGUUCGUUUUAAGUCGAUUUGAUAUUUAAACUUAUAUAUUAUAGCUAGUAUAUGUAUAUUUAUGCACCACACUAACUUCCGGAGAACGAUUUCGUACUUUUUAAAAAUAUAUAUACAUAUUAUAUACGCUUCUGUUCUACAUACACACGUAUUUAGCAGUUAUUCGAUUGAACACUCAAAAGCGAUGCUUGUAAAAUUUAUUUUAAAAAUAAAAAAAAAAACCUUUAGUUUUUUUUUUUUUUAACAAUGUAAUAUAAAUAGAAAAAUGUUUAUAAGAUGAAUCAGUAUACAGCGAGAAAGAUGACGUCAUUACGAUAUUAACCCUCUUUAUAUUCCGGUUUGAAAUGUACGAGAUGUAAUCGAAAGAAAAACAAAAAUAAAAUAUGAAUAACGCAUAUAUUAUAUAGUCUGAGACGCACUAAUAAUAUACGCGUCCGUAAAUAUUAUAAAAACAAAAACGACUCGAGUGAGUGCUUUUUUGCGUUUCUGAAAAGAGCAAAACGACCAGCUUCGGUAAGUCGUCGCUGGGCCACCCGCGGCAUGCGAUAAUACAAUGCAAAAUGCUGUAAAGAAAAAUAAAAUGUAAAAGAAAAAUAUGUCUGAAACAUGUUUUGUAAGAUUGAAAAUUCCAUUUCAGACCUAUAUGAUCUUUGACAUUUUGCGCAAUAAAACAUAAAUCUACACGGUGCACUAUAUAGCGGCGGCGGGACAACAAUCGCGUGUGGGAUCGUAUUGUUUCGAGGCGUUUUUUUAAUCGCGAAUCGCCAUGUUAUCCGCUUAAAAAAAAAAUCAUCCAGUGUUUUUAUUACUUAAAAAAAAAAAAACUUAAAAAAUAUAAUAAUAUAUUUCCCCUUUAUAUUAUAUAUCGAGGAGAGUUUGGCGCGUGGUUGUAACCGAUAAAAUUCAUUUUUCGUGUGCCGGUUUAAGAUCACGUAUUUUUCGAAAUUCUAUUACUUACGUAAGUUAGUCUUUCAUAAAAUAAUAGUAUUAUUUUAUUUUGUUUGGUUUUCAUUAUCGUAUACGUAUUUUAUCGACAAAAUACUGUGUACGAAAACCAUAUCCUGUACACGUUAUUUGCGAUACCGUAAAAUACCCACCUAAUUCCGAUUUUGGAAAUAGUUUUUGAUUUUACCGAUAAAUAUUGCACUUUAUUUUUUUAUUUGCCAAUCGUAAAACUUCAGUACCGCAUGGUCGUAAAAUAUAAUUUAAGAACUAAGUAUACGAUAUUAUGUUUUUAUUCACAUUAUUAUUACAUUCGAUUAAUUCUUUUUCGACCCCUGGAAAUAUUGUUUAAGAAAUAUUAAAAAUGUUGUCUUUUAUAAUAUGAAAGGACCAGGAAAAAAACAUUCUACUUUUUUUUAAGCUUUAAAGACUAUUGCGGACCAUAGCUGCAAUACAAACAUUUCACCAUCUAUACCUUUGUAUCCUUGUUCUGACCUAUUUUAUUAAAAUUGUAUAUUCCUAGUUGUCUUAGUCCCUUUUUACUUCUAUCAAUUCACAAAUAAGGAAAAUAGGUAUAACUUAAACAUUUUGAGAAAAUUAGAUUUUAGUUUAAGCAUUUAAAAUUGAUUUGUUUUUUCAUAGAUUUAGACCAAUAAGCUGGAUUAAAAUAAACAUAUACUUCCAGUAGUUCCAGUGCCUAGUAUAAUUUCUGUUAAAAAAAAAUUAAUUUGACUUUGUAUACUUUUUUUCUAUAUUCUGUGGAAAAUAUGUUAAAAAUUUGUUUUUUAUGCGACAUUUUUAAGUACGAAUCUAUUUUAAGAAAAAAAAAAUAAGAUAUUUUCAUCAUUCAUUUUUAUUUAAUUAAUUAAAUAAAACACCGAAUAAAUAUUUUCUACAAACCGUAGACAUAUGGAAUCAAAAAUUUAAAACGAUUUUUUUUCAAAAUUAAUAAAUUUGGUUAAAUGGUUAUAAAUUAAUUUUACUCCAGCUUAUUCGUUUAAAACGUCAUUAUACUUAAUAACAACAUACAUCGCAUAAUCUUUUAGAAAUUUAAAUGUGUACACAAUUUGGUACAUUUUUAUUACUUUUACACUUGGUUAGGUUAGAUAAACGUUAUAGAUAAUGAACAACCUUGUCUUUUUUGAGGCGAGAUAAAAAGUUGUUGAAUAUUUAUUUAGAUAUCUUAAAAAUAUGUUUAAUCUUUAUAUACAACACUGAUGACAAAACAACAACAACAAAACAUUUUAGUUUGUACUUUUUGAAUAGGAAGUUUUUGUUAUCAAUUUGGAACUCGAAAUUUAAAUUUUAAUCAUAUAAUUGCAUAUUUCAUUACCUACUAUUAGUUUCUGUAAAACUAUUUCGAAUCAAUUAAUUUUCAUUAAAUUGAAUCGAUUGUUUUGUCCCGUUGACGUGAUAUUUUGUAUAUACUAUUUCAAGUUCAGAAUCUUUUUUGUUUUUUUUUAUUUUAUGUAUUGCACACUAAUGAUAUACUUUAAAUAUGUGUAAUUCGGUAAAUGUAAAAAAAGAUUUGGUACAUUGGUUGUACAUGAAUACGGUGAUACUGACGGAAGUCUAUUUCUAAACUAGUAUCAUGACGACGACGGCGAUAGUUUCCCUUUUCCGUUAAAACCAAUAUUUUCUCUUUUCAACGAGUAAAAAAAAAAAAUAAAUAAAUAAUUAAUAAUAGUUGAUAAAAACUGAGUAAAAAACCUGUAUAUUUUAUAAUCGUAUAAUGAUGUACGCAUUGAAUCUUUUUUGUAUAUCCAAAUAAAUAAUAAAAGUAAAUUAACAGUUUUCUAUAAAAAAAAAAAUAUAUAUAUGUAUACGAAUAUAAUUAUAGUCAUGGGCGUUGUUUCUAAACAAAUAAUAUAUUAUUUAUGAGAAUAUUUUUUUUUAAAUACAAUUUUUAUUCAUUCGGAUAUCAUUAGAAAUAAAAGUUGUGAAAAAAAAAACGGAAGAUUUAAUAUUACAUUAAAAACCAAAUGUUAACAUUUGUAUAGUUAUUCAAUACAUUUCAUACUUAAUAUUAGAUAUGCUGCAAUUAUAGCGUCAGUUGCAGAUCUGAUCAUUUUUGUUGGUCGAGCGAAAAAUAAAUUUAAACAAUAUUCGUCUUCCUAUUGAGGAGUUAUUUAUUAAUUUUUAUAGUCGUCGUUAUCGUAUGAAUGCAAUUAAAUUAAUGUGAUACUUAUGUAAUAGUUGGAUUUUACGAUUUUUAAUUUUAAUAUUUUUUUUCUCUGUAAUUCAAUAAAAACAAUUGUAGAGACCUGAAAUUUGUAUCGAACACUAACAUUCAAUUUUUCUAUGUGUGAUACAAUUUUGAAAAUAUUCAGACGUUUUUAAAGUUAUUUAUAACCAUUUGAAAUUAGAGCUUUUUUUUUUUAGUUUUCAUUUGGUUUUAUGCAAAAAUACUCGAAAAUUAAACGCAAGGUUCGUUAUUAGUUGUUAGUAUAUUUUCGUAUAAGUGUUUUACGUUGAAAUUUCGAUAAAAAUCGUAAAAAUCUCGACAUUUCAAAACAUUUUAACGGAGUUCGCUCAGAAUCGUUUUUCACGAUUUAUCAUUACGUACGGAUAUUAAUUAAAUUACUCUAUAUUAUCCUAGAUCUCCAUCACUCAUAACAGUGACACACCCGACAGCAUUAUCAGCUCUUUAGUUUAGAUUAGACUUUAUAAUACGAUUCAGCCAUAAAUUACAAUUUAAUGCGUAUGUAUACAGGUUUGCUUAUUCUUAUGAGGUUUUUUUUUUAUUUUGAGUAAUGGUCUUGAAACAAUAAUAAUUUGUAAAACACGUUUUCGCUUCAAAUAAUUUGCCAUACAAAUAAUAAUAUGUAAAUAACCCGCAGUCGUACGCAGUCCGUCGGCGACUUGUAUGUCACAUACCAAAACGUCUGGCUACUUAUAUGGUUUUAGCACUUAUUUUUUUAUUGACAAUGCACCGCCGAGGCGAUUUCGGGUGGAAUAAAAUAAAAUAAUAUCGUUCCCUUGCCUUUUGCCGAUAUUACAACAACAAGAAAAAAAAAACCAAUCGAAUUCGACACAGCCCUUUGUGAUGGUGCUUUAUAGCAGCCUUUAUCCGCGCGUUAUUGCGUGUGUUGUUUACGCGAUAUUAAACAAUUUUUUUAUUAUUAUUUUUUUUUUUUUUUUACAUUUAAUCCAUAAAAUAAUAAAUUUCGUUUAAUAAUUACAAUUUAUUCGCACGCAAAUAAUUUAUUAAUGUGUUCGGUUUUAGGUCGACGGUCUCCUCAAGACGCUGUUAAUAAAGUCUUAGUAUGUCUGGAACGCAAUUCGCUACUAUGUCGUCGUCCAACAAUACGCAGCAACCUACGCUGACGCUCAGCGAACUUCAAAAGGUAAAAUAAUUAUGUUUAGUAAUUAAAAAUUAUUAUUACAGGUGUUCCAGUAGUGACAAUAACUCGAAUUCGCCUGUACCUCCGAAUAUUCUUAUUAUAAUGUAAAUGCGUUUUGUUGCUUUUGAAUUACGAUAUAGGAGUAAUUCCGAAAAUACUGUAAUUCCAUAUAAUAUUUUAACAAUCGAGUUUAAACGUUAAGUUUAUUUUGAAUUUUAACCUUUGGGUUUUUUAUUAACUUUACGUAUUUUUUUCCUUUAAUAGGUAUUAAUAUGGAGUAAUAACGUGUACAAUUUGAAUUAUACCAUCGCAUUAGUUUAUUUUUAAAAUAUUUUAAUUUAAACAUGACGUUACAUUUACCGUCCAUGCAUUAUUUGAUUAGCUACUUAUUAUUGGUGCCAUAGUAUAAAUGACGAUUUCUGUGGAGUUUUGAGGUUAAAAAUAAGUAUACCUACUAUUUGCGAUAUUUCCACAAUAACCCUCCUCCUCCUGUUUGACAUUGUCUGCCUUUAUUUACAAAUAAUUAUAAACUUGUAUUGGUAUAAAACAAUAAAUUAACUCAAGUUAAAAGUUUAAAGUUUAAUUUCCAAAUUAAUACUUUUAACCUAACUCAAGUAAUUGAUAAACUCAUUAUUAACUUAAUAAUGAGUUCACCCAUUAAGUUUUGUUUGGUUUAUUUCAUUUAACCGAGUUUAUAUUAUUUAUUUGCUUACGUGGCCUUGAAUUGAUUAUAUUAUGAGUAGCUAAAGGAGUCAUUAUUAAAAAAAAAAAAAAUAACCAAAAAUAAUAAAUGUAAUUAAGAAUUUUACUUUCAAUUAGCUAGUAAAAACACUUUAAGGGUGCAUUAACCGCAAAUGAAUAAUGCAUAUUUGCUUAUAGUCAGACGUCGCAAAACCAAUCGCGAAUAUUGCAGUUUAAAAUGAAAAUCACUUUAAAUGAAUAGGUACUUAAGUAUUACAAAUAUCAAUAUGUAGCUCUCAAGAUUUAAGACAAUUAUCAGUUAAAUAAUAUAAGAGUUUCGUUAAACUGAUAAUUUUGUUUAAGCUGUAUUAUUUUGAAUGAAAAUUAUUUAAUUUAGCGUUGCGUAGAAAAUCUGGUUUUAUAGAUUUUUUUUUUUUUUUGUUUUUUAGAUAUUUAGAGUUAAAAUCAUUAUAUAGUGAAUAGCGAUUUAGAAAUUAUUUAGAAUCGAUCAGCGUGAAUGUCAUUUUAAAGCUAAACUAUAGUUAACUAUAUGUGAAAAGAAGCUGGAUAUUUGUAAAUGAUAUUAAUUUUACGUAAAACUUAUAUACAUAUUUACAAGCCAUGAAUGUUUAUGAAAAUAAUACUUUACAUCGAAGCGGGAUCAAAAAUUAAAUAUUUUUGAGACUGCAAUACUACGUAAAUAUUUCAGCUGUUCAUUACUACAUACAAAUUACUGCAGAUAUCUCGGGAUUCCAAAGAACAUAUAUAAUAUGAUUAUGCAUAUAAAAUCAAAUUUAAUUUGACUUUGAUUAUUCCUCUUUCGGUUAUGCGUACAUAUUUAAUAUACCUUGCUCAUACGCCAAUACACAUUUUAGCAGUUUUAGUCAAUAAAAUAUAAAGCAGUAAUCCUAUAGACGUAAAACUAUUUCAGUCUGGAGAUUAAAAAAAAAUCCUACACGUAAGACCAGGUAUUCGUAUUUUACUCGCGAGAUUAAAAAUCCUUCACGUAAACAGAACGUUUUAUAAUAUACGAGUGUAUUCUAAACUAUAAUAAAACCGUAGGUACGUAAAAUAUUUGAUAACAUCGGGCAAGGCGCACUUAGAGAAUACCAUCCCUCAAUGAUUUUUUUCUUUUAUCCUUGUAUACUUGAAAUUCAAAUACCGAAACGAACGAAAAAUAUCAGUAAUUUAUUAUAUUAAAAUAAAUAAUAAUAUUUAAUUUUGUAGUUUAUAAAUAACGUCUAUUGAAGAUGAUUGUCUGUUCGCGAUAAUAAUAACAAUAAACGCGGAGGAAGUUAUUAAUGAAGAUUUUUGAAAUAAUAUCUGGGAAAUUAGAUUUCGUGGAGUAAAAAAUUAUUUUAAUUUGCGUGAGUAGUGUUUUUUUAUUCAUUUAAAAUUUUCCAUUAUAUAUAGUAAGUAAGAAUUCGAUGGAAUAAUAUAAAAGGGGAAAAAACUUCAUUAUCUAUACCUAUUCCACUAUAUAAGAGAGAACACGCAUAAAUAAAAUAAGCCAUCACUAUCGCUAUCGCUAAGAUAAUUCAUACAAUAUUUUCGGUAUAAAAAGUACAUCGAUUAAAACUGCAAGUAUAGCAACGAUUAAUUAGAAUUUUAAAAAAUUACCACCAAAAAAGUAAAAGAAAAAAAACCGUAAAAAUAAAUAAUUAAUAAGUCUACGUCUAUUUUUGAUGUUUUAAGGUUAAUGAAUCGAGUAUCGUGUAUUACAAUAUUUUUGUUGCAUAUAAAGUAUCUAUAUAGUAUUUUUGUCUAUAGAUACUGAAAAAUCAAUGUUUUUAUAUUAGUAUUGAGAGUAUAGAUUCUCAUUUCUAAGUAUCUUGUCAAUUACCGUUUAUUGUACUCUGCAUUUAUAUGUCUUAUGCUACUCGCAAAUGACCAGGUUGUUCCCUCGCUUAACAUAUCAGUGUCAAUUUGAGUUUUAAAGAAUUGACUAUUUAUAAUAGUUAUUUUAUUAUUAAUUAGGUUUAUACAUAUUCUUGAUACUUAGGGCUUUGAUCUGUACAGCUAUUAUAUAAAACAAUAAUUUAUUUUUUCGGCGCAAUUACAUAAAAAAAAAAAAUAAUAAUAAUUAUAAAUAAAUAAUUGUAUGGUUUUAUUUUUAUCACAAAUAUGUAUGUACCUAUCCUUUAAAAAUUAAAGAACUUAUUAACCGUCGUAAUUAUUAAAUGAAAAUACACGUUUUAUUAUGUCGAUUCGUUUUCAUUAACAUAAUUGAACAUAAUAAAAUGCGUAGGUAGUUUAAUAAUUAUUAUUAAAAAAAAAAAAAAAAUAGUGAAAUUAUAAUUAAUCAUAAUCACUAGACGCGCAAUAAUUAAAAUGAAAUAUAUGAAAAUAACGAAUAUUUCAUUACAUCGCGAUAUUAUAUUAAUUUAGUUGAUUUUUUAAAGCCGUUCUCAAUUUUCUCGUAUUGUUAUUGCUGCAGCAGCCCCUUUAUAUUUUCUACGCUGCAGGUACUUCUCCGUAAGUAUUAUUUAUUACUAUCAUUUCCUAUACAAAAGACUAUUUGUUUUUAAGUGCUCGAAAUUAAUUAAUUGCGUUUUACAAAUUAUUUUUUAAGUCUGUUAUACCAAGGUACCUGUUUUAACCGACAUUGGCCGUAAUUCGAAUAUUUUGCUUUUGGAAAUCAAAGAAUUCCGUUGAUUGUAUAUUCGUACAAUAUAAUACAUUAUUAUACGUGUAUGACGUAUGUACCGUGCGGUUACGAUCCAAGUAACACUAAAUAUUUUGGCCGGAUAACCUUUAAUAUAAAUUCCGUUUCCGGAAGUUGAUAGGAGUACUGAAAUACGCAUUUUAGCAUAAAUUUUAGUUUUAUAACCUUCACCGGGUGCACAUUCGCACUACAAUGAUUACUUUUUUUGAAUGAAAAUAUUUAUUUUUGACACUAGAUUCUAAUAGUUCUAUUUUUUGCCAGCAAAACUUCGACCGAUACAGUUGUUUGCAAAAAAUUAUAGUUACAAAGAAUCUCUGAUAAUAAUUUUGAUACAAAUAUAAACAAAACAGUUUUUCUUCGAUAGCGGGGUGUUUAUUGAUUUUGACAAUCCGAGAAAAUCCGAAAGAAGAGGUUGACAAAAAGUAGGUUUUUUUAUACACAAUUCAACGAGGACAUGCCCGACUUACGUCACUCCCUUUCACCCCAAAAUAGACGACCAGCAUAAACUCAAAUCUUCAAUUUACUGUCAAAGAUUCAACUCCAGAGGCUAUCUUAUUAUUAUUUGGUUAAACCGACAACGGUAUUUUCGAUAAUUUAACAACAAUUUACCCUUGUAAAAUGUGUAAUAAUAUAAUUUUAUUAGAGGUAGAAGCACAUAGAACAACGUAUAAAUCAGGUUAUUAUUGUUAUUAAUUGCUGAAGCUGAUGUGCCGGGUGAGAUCUUUUGAAUAGAACUGGGAGGGUCAAGGUUUGGUGUAUAUAUUAUAAUAACCAGGAUCAUAAUAUUGUUGUCCGCUUGAUGUAUACGAGCAAAAUCAAAAGAACGUAAAUUAAUUUACAACCUCCUCCUCCUCCUCCUCCUACCACGCCGAAUUAUCCAUUGACGGCAAUAAAUAUGUUUUAAUUAUAAUACUAUUAUCGUCAAUAUCACGUGAUUACGGAAUUUCGGUCGCACAGAAAAUUAUCUCGUGAUAACAACAAACAGGCUAAUGAACGCCGUAGCUUUCUUCGCGUCCAAUGGUUAAGAUAUUACAUGACGGAAUUAUUUUUUUAUCAACGUUUGGUUCAUGCACGGUAUAACGAAUAAUUUGCUUUUCAUUCCAAAUGCCUAUGCAUAAUUCGAUUCGUGUUACGGAUGGUUCAAAAGCUUUUAAAAUAAAUGUUCAGGCUCGAAUCGCUAUCCGAACGUCGUGUGAAAUUUAUUUGUAUUUUUAUUUGGAGAUUGUCUGUUGAAUACGUUUAUGUAAUCCAUUUUUCGGGAAUUUAAAAAGACCCUACUAUGAUGUUUCGGAUUAGCCAGCUCUGGGGUUCUUUUACAUACGGACGAAUCAGACGAAUUCUGCCAAGAGAAAAUACUUUUCUGUUAAGAAUGAUACUGAUGACCAAUGAUAAAUGAUAAUUAUUCAUACCAAGGUCACACUAUACUUUUGUUGUAUAAAUUCUUACGUUUUAUUCAUCUUUGUUCAUUUAUUAUAUUAUAAAUAUCACUUACCCUUAUGCAAUAUCUUAAAUACUUAUCUAAUAUAUAUAUAUAUAUAUAUUAGUCUAAAUUUCCUAAUGUUCAUAUACAAACUUAAUCCUGUUUUUUUUUUUUUUAUUUUAUCCGUGAACAACUUCUAACAUAAAUCUAGCUCCGAUUAUUUACAUCUGGAAUGGUUUCUGAUAGUAUAUUUUGUCUAUAUGGUGCAUUGGAAAGAUUUUUUUUUGAUUUUACUUAGUUUUUUAAAUCAUUAGGAAAAAUCAUAAGACACUGAAAAUAAUGAUUUCUGUUAUUUUUGAUUAUUUUUUUCUGUUGUUACUCGGUUGGAGAUAUUCCUAAAAACUUUAAAUGUUCAUCGAACCUAUAUUAACACUUUUUAUUAGACGUGGUACAGUUUUCAAAAUAUUCUAGCGAUUCCUGAGCUAUUUAUUUGAAAUUGUCUAAUUUUUUAGUUAUUUUUUGGUUUUAUGUGGAUAAAAUUGUUUUGACCUAGACAAAAUAUUUAAAUUUAGCACAAAGUUCUACAUAAGUAGUAAUCAAUAAAAAAUACAAAAUUUCAGCGUAAUGUAGUGGUAGUUUUUUAUAAGCGUUUUAAGUUGAACAGUUUUUUUUUUAUGUUUGCGAUACUUUAGUUAUUUCGAUGAACAGAACAAUAACGAAGACCGGUAAACAAUAUAAACAAAACAAAUAAUAACAUUAUUAUAAAAAAAGAACCCGGUCAGUACUCAGUAUUUAAUUUAAUUUUUUAAAUUAACAAAAUUGAGUUUAAUAUAAAUACUAUGUAUAUAAAAUACUGUAAUUUAUCCGGUGUGAGCAGCAUAAUGCGGGUCAGGUGUGUUUAAGGAGUGGUAUUAUUAUAAUAAAAAAUUAUUAUUAGGUAAUUGAAUUUGAAAAAAAAUGGUGAAUAAUCGUUUGUUUAAAAUUAUUUUUGUGCGGUCCUGCAGAUGAAUAGGACGUGAAUUAAGUUCAUUUUUUUUUUCGAUUUUUAGACUACAUUAUUAUUAUGCUUUAUUCUGAGGGUUUAUUAUUAUCAUUUUUUUUUAUUCUAAACUCUAGAUACCGGUUUAAUUAACAACAUAAAAUCAUACAACCCGGUGCAAUUCGUAUGCGUACAAAACAAAUAUUAAGUAUUCCUAAAUUUCUGGCUGGUUCACAAUGAAUUUCAUUAAAUAAUGCUAUUAACAGAUAUAAAAUAAAGUAGAGUUACUGAUAGAUAUGUUUAUCCUAUAUCGAUGUGACGAAUGGCUUUUAAACAGUUGAGUACCUGUGAUUAAAUCGAAAUAGUGUUGCAAAUUUCAAAUUUUUUGAAAUGCAUUUUAGACGAAUCUACUGCAUUUACCUACACUUAAAACAUAUAUUUGUAUCAUUCAAGACCGCAGAAAUACCACCGACGGCCAAUCUAUACUUGUAAUACCUAUGCAUUUUAGUGUUUUACCCUCGUGGACCGACAGCUAACGGGACACCGUCAAGGGAGGAGGAACAUUUUCCCGACUCUUUUUUCAUAUUUCUCUAUACUUAAAUUUAAGUAAACUUAACGGCCGUCUUCAAUACGUUUUGUAUAGUUUCAUAGUUUAUUUUCAUUUUUAACGAUAUUUUUAUUGUUCGGUCUAUUAUUCUUUUGGAUUCAUUAUAUUUACAGUCGCGGGCGUUAUAAUAAUAAUACGUAUCGAGUAUUUCAUAGUGUGUCACAGUGUUUGUUUUAAUCGUGACUUUAACCAUUUUACUUUGGUAAGUUACGUAUCUAUACCCGCUCAUUAUACCUACAAUGCCUACAUUUUAAUGCUCGUACCUACUUAAUCGUCGCAGUAAAUAAUAAUAAUAUAUAAAAUGACGUAAGUCAAGUGUCUAUUAUUAUAUUAAUACUGUAGGUACAGAACACAUUUUAUGCUGUUGUAAGUAUUUAUAAUUUAUUGUAUUUCGGGUGGUGAGGUUAUAGCAAUGUUAAUAGCUAUAUUUUCUUUGUUUCAACUAUAUAUAUAUAUAUAUAUAUAUAUAUAUAUAUAUAUACACAUGUAUUAUAAUUCAUUUAAACGUUCUACACGGUAACCUCUAUUAUUAUACGUAGUAGAAAUAAGGUUAGGUCAUUUCUAAAAUAAUAAUAAUAAUAUAUUUAUAUAGGUAGUGAAAUUUACAACGUUACUUUAGUUUUCAAAAUGUACGUAUACACAGUCUAUAGAAAAAUAACGAUAUAUAGUGACUUCUUUUUGUACCAUUUACCAAAAAUGUUUAUCUCCGAAGUCGUUAUAACUGCCCACUACAUUUGCACGGUUCCUAAAUUUGGUUAUAUACAAAUACGGCGUUUUGUUUGGCUUUAAUUCAGAUCACUCGCCGCUACCUCCCUACGUACAUUACUGUGCGUGGCUAUGUAUUCCAUUUCUUAUUUCUUGGCCCAUCACAUCUUUCGGGUUUUGAGAACUCGUAUAACGUCGUAUAAGUUCGUUAAACAGAGACCUCAGCUCUGUGUCGUCCUCCAUUCAUAUGACGUUAAUACAUUUCUCGUUUUUUCGAGACCGAAAUUAUACCUACAUUAAUUUAUCAUAUCGCCUGAAGGCGAUCAAAUCGGAAAAAAAAACCGUGUCUCAAUAUCAUUAUUAAUAAUACGUUACUCCAAAAUAUUACUCAAUAAUAUUUAUUGCAGUCGAUCAGUAAUAAAACUCAAUCGUGAUUAUUGGCGACCGUUUUUCCAAAAUUAAAAUUUCACCUUAAAUAAUGUUGAAUAAUCGAAAUAUUGCUUCGUGCAUAAUUUUAUACUUCGCUGACACAAAAUACUUGAAAGUUUGUAUUGCGGCAAUAAAACGAAUUCGUGUUGAAUACGAAUACGGAAUCCAUUUCUUUUAUCAUAAAUAACCAGUGAUUAUCCACCAAGAUUGCAAUUUAUUAAAUUCGAUUUCGAUUUAUUUUUCAAUCGUUCUAUAGAAUCAUGCUUAACAAUCACGUUAAAAAUAUUUUCACCCUUAUUCCAUGAUUUCACAAAACAGCGAUCCAUAUUUUUGUAUCCACAUGUUUAAGUGUUCCUUCUGGUAUUUUUUAACACUAUUAUAGAAAUCAUAAAAGAUAGUCUUAUAUCUAUGGUCUGUUUAUAGAAUGUGAAUUCGUUUCACCUACAAAAAUAAUGAGUGACAAAAAGUAACACCAAUGUAACAUUUUAAAACUGUUUAUUCCUUAAAUUAUAAAAAAAAAAAAUAUAUCGAAAGUCAAUACUUCAUGAAAUAUCAAGUUUAGCUAUUUAAAUGGAUCACUCUGUACACACACACACACACACACACAACCAGGACCAGGACUACUAUCUUGAAUUCGCUACUAAUACAUUAUAAUAUUUAAUCAGUAGUCAGAGCACAUAAAAUGACAAGAAUUUUCUUUUUCAUCAUGAUAAUAGAUAAUAAACCACAAUAUUAUUCACAUUUCUUAAACCUUCAAAUAAAUAGUUUUAGAAAAUAAAAGACCACGCUUAAAUAAAAGUUUUAACCACCAAAACUUUUCAAAAAUGUAUUUUACAAAAUGGCUUUUUAAUUUUUUAAAAAAUUAUAGUAAAAUUUAGUUCCCCUGACUAAAAAAAAAAAUAUUGGAUUGAACUGAAGUUAUUUUAACAUCGAAAUGUAUUUGAUUUAAUACUCCGUCUAUUUAUGGAAUUUUUUACUAUAGAUUCGAAAACCGAAGUCAGUAGGUAUCGCUGUUAUACUGCAGGACACUCCUCGGUGAAAACCCCGAGCAUUCGAGAAUAUCGGAUUUAACUGCGAAUUCCGAAAACCGGCGUACAUUAUGCAAAAUUUGACCGCGAAAAAAAAAACUAUGGUUCGCGCGCUUAUAAAUGAAUCGUCGUGCAUAUAUUUGGUUUUUUUUUUUUUUGUUAUUUAUUUAUUUUUAUUUUUUUUUUUUCUGGCGCACUUACGGCACUUCAAAGUUUAUACGGUACUUUGGGUACCAUUUAAUACGGUCGCCGUCCGGCGGCCGCCACACAGUAAAUAAUAAUAAUAAUAUUAUGUAAAUCGGCUAAUAUCGUAAACGUGUUCGGACGCGUCGGCCGUAUUAUGCUAAAAUAUCGGGUCCCGCGCGCGCCGCGUGCGAUUAAUGGAACGCGCGCGCACGCACGCGCACCCACACACACGCACGGGCGCACACACACACAUACGCACACACACACACACACACAGCGCCGACUCGAUGUAAUAAUAAUAAUAAAAUUAUGCGCGGGACGUUGUCGUGACGGAUUUCAAUUCCGGCCCCAAUCCGAUCCCGUUGCCGCCCGUCGGGCGAGAAUGGCGCGCGCGAGAACCGACGACGACACCGCGCGGCGUUCGAACGGUCUCGGUCAUACGCGACUGUGUUAUUACGGUUAGCCCGGUUACGCGUGUAAUAAUAAUAAUAAUAAUAAUAAUAAUGAUAAUAAUACGCUCGGGGACAAAAUACGAAUUCUAUACCGCCGCGCCGGGCACGUAAUAGUGUUUUGUGUCGCGUGCGUCGUUAUGCACGACGUUCGCACCCCCGCACCCUUCGGCAGCCGCCGCAGGUGUUCGGACGCGAUAUAAAAACACCACCGAAGGAGCUGGAUGGGUGGGGGUAGGCGACGACGAAAACCGUUCCGCGCCCGAAAAAAAAAAAACGGAGAUUUUCGUUAAGUUUUUAUUUUCUAACCCACGUGUCGCAUGCCGGACCGCGUUUAAAUGCGUCCGAUUCGAAUGGCCACUAUAAUUCAGUAUUCGGAUACGCUCAAGUGUCAUAAUAAUAAUAUACAAAGCGAUUCUUUCGUAUCGCGAAUCGACGUUUCGAGUGAAUUCUCAAUUUUGGUUUACCCGCCUCCCGUCCGCCAUUACACUUAUUACGGUUAUUACAGGUACGCGUUUUGGUUGUAUUCGUUUUGUCGACACGCGUACAAAUAUCCCUUCCCACCGUGACGCAAUGGCCAAAUCUCGGACCCCUACACCACAAAAAGUCAGCCCGUUGAAAUAGUGAUAUCCACAUUAUGACCGAGUUAUUGCUAUUUCUUUAGUCCACGACCUCACUUCUCUUCUUCUUUUACGAUCGAAACUGCUCUUUUCGAGGAACGAGCAUCAGGACUUUUUUUCUGACGCUUAGAUUUUCGUCGAGGAUACCAUUCCUUUUUGCUGGCUUCAGCGAGGACGUCGAAACAUUGUUCAAUAUUUCAUAGGUCACUGAGUUUAAUCAGCUCACCUAUGUUAAUUUCGGAAUAUUUUAUCUCAUAUAGUAUAGUUAUGCGUCUCCGCUGAACUAAUACUUAAAUAAUUAACAAUAUGGCUUCGAUUACAUCGCCGUUGUCAAUAAUCUGUUUCUUAGGAAAAAGUAAUGUAGUUUCGCUAAAAACGAGUCGAAAACGGAAAUCAAAUACAUUGUUUGAAAUAGGCCGUUUCGUUCAUUUACGCGCAGCACGGGAAUCUGUUAUUUAUUAAUAAACCCAUUCUAAUCAAGUAUUUAAUUUCUGAUCGAAUUUAAACCUAAUUCCAGAACCUUACAUUUUAAUUUGAACGUGAACCGAUUUCUUGAAAAUCAAUUUAUUUUUCAAAUCGAGUAAAUCUAUACAUAUCACUUCAUGCAAUUAAUACUGAUCGACAUAAUUUUGAAAAAAUGUCAAUUUUCAGAUAAUUUUACUUACACUUACCUUGGUGCCAUUUUUUACGGUUUUACCUUUAUGGAAAGUGCCUUAUAAUUCGAAUUACGAAUAA